AUGACCGAAGCUCCUACAAGGAUGUCCCGGACCGACGAGGUGCACCGUAUCACGGAGAAUGUCUACAAGGUAAGACCGGGGGGUGGAGGGACACCUGCUGCUCCGGGGACGGGGGUGGAGGUCGGGGACGGUGGACAACUUUGACUCGGUUGACCUCUCAGGUUCGGUUGAUCGACUUUAGGGUCUCCUCCGGUUCUGGUGUUGGUGCUGAGAGGCGAUUAACCGGAGAGGAGAAAGAUCGAGAGAAUUCCGCGGGAGAGAAACAGUUUGAGGAUGAAGGUUCGAAACUGACGACGAGCAGAGAGUUGAUUUAACUGAACGGUUAAUCGAUUGAAGUCGAUUAAAUAUCAAAGUCUUGUAGCAGGUAGAAAAUUCAGAUAUUUUUUCAUUUACCCACAAAAAGUCCUGAAAUAAAUAAAACCGGAAAUAUUCGAUCAUCGAUGAAUUUGUCGCCUCUGGGCUGAUCGAUCUUUGCGGUCAUAUCAUUCCUGAAGACGUUUAGUUUGACGGUUUAACAGUUUAACGGAGAAGAGAAAGAUCGUGAAGAUUUAAUGGGAGAGAAACAGUUUAAGGCUGGAUGAAGGUUUAAACUCGAGUUUGAAAUUAACGAGCAGCAGGUGAUUUAACUUAAAGGUUAAUCGACUGACCGUCAAGUCGAUUAAUUAUCAACUCGGUUUGUAAAAUCUUUGACAGACAGAGAAUUCUGAUGUCUUUAAUAAACCCACAAAAAGUCUGAAAACACCAAAUGGAGCCGGAAAGAUUCGAUCAAUCAAAGCCGCUGUAAUCGAUGAAUGUCGCCUCUGGACUAAUCGAUCUGGUCUCAUCAUUCCUCGAGACGUUCAGUUUGACAGUUUGCCUCCUGGGCUGUUGAGUAAAUGAAUCAGAAGACUGAAAAUUGAUUGAUUAAAACUGAUUAUUGAUUUUUGAAGACUGUGAAGCAUAUUUGUCCCCAUUGAACCUUAGAAAUCUGUGUUUGUCUGCUUCUAUACUCGGUGUGAACCUGAUGUGUGUGUUCGUGGAUGUGUGUGUUCAUGGAUGUGUGUGUUGGUGGAUGUGUGUGUUCAUGGAUGUGUGUGUUCGUGGAUAAACUCGUGUUUAUCACUCGUCUGUGAUUCACUGAGAUUUAAAGAAAAUAUCGACUUCAGCUCCUCGGCUUCAGAUUCAUCCCCGGAGAUCUUGAGCUCAGACUGAUCAGACGUCCUGUUCUUGUUGAAACUUGAGAGGAGGAUGGUGAGCGGCGCUCAGGUCGCUCUUUGUUAUUUCAGAGACAGGAUGGUGGCGUUCCUCUUCAGUUUCACUAGACUCGGGGCCGCUCUCCAGGCCAGGGUGAGGUAGAUCUCAGGAGGAAGGCGAGGGUGUUUUUUUUCCACCCUCUCUUCCUCUCCUGCAGAUCAGGGCAUGUUGUGAGUUUGGAGGUCAGGUCAGCAGGAGUUCAGAGCACCUGUGAAGAAGGUAGGACGGCGUGAGCCCACAUGGAAAUUACUGUUGAAAAGCCCCGCCACGGGGAAGCUCGCUCUCUCUCUGAAAAGGCUGUUAUUAGGGAUCAAUGGUGCUGAAGGAGCGGGCGCCUGUCACGGCGACUUGUGGGAGGUUUCUUUUGGAUCCUUAAGAGCUGAAGCUGGAGAGAGGAGAAAGAGGAGGAGGAGAAAGAGGAGGAGGAGGAGGGAGACAGAAUCUGCAUUAUUGUGAAUGGAAGCUGCUGCUGUUGUGUAACAGGACAGAGCUGUGUUUGCAGAUGCUGUCUUUGAUUUUAGAGGUAGAAUUUCAUGUUUCCUGACAUUUAAUGGAGCAAAUGAUCACCUGGAGAGAAAACAGGGAGAUCAGUUGAUUCAAAAUGAGCAAUAAUUUCCUCCAUGAGGAGAGAGAGGCUGCCAGAGAAGCUCCUGCCAAAGGGUCGAGGAGGAAAAUGCCACCGUGCAGAACUGCAGCAGCAGCAGCAGCAGCAGCGGGGUUUCUUUCUGUCAUCAGCAGGCUGCAUCAUUAUGGAGUCAGCAGGAGUGAGGAGAGGCAGAGCGCCGCCGCCGCCACCGCCGCUGCCAGUUUGACCCUCUGUUAGAGAGCGGCGCUGGCUGCUGCUGCUGCUGCUGCAGUGGUGGGCCCCUGAGGGUGUGUGUUCGAGCCUCAGAGGGAGCUGUGCUGCUGUGUGAGGCCGUGUUUAAAGGAAACUAACAGGUCUUUAUUAAUUCAUUAAAGGCAUGGAGGAUGAAGAGACCCAGAGGUGCCAGCUGCCAUUAUGUAACACUUAAAUCUGUUUCUGCACCGAGGAGGAGGGAAGGUAGAGACGGCAAAUGUCAGCCAUCAGAUCAUGCAGCAUCAACAUGGGGAUCAGGAACAUUAAUUACUGAACAUAAUGUCAGAGUGAAAUGUCAAAGAGAGAGAGAGAGAGAGAGCGAGUAUACCUCCACUGUUCACCUGAACGCAGCGGAAACACUCAGAUCUGUUACUGCAUCAGCAGGAAGAGAGACUCUGAACCUACGGCUUAGUUUAUUAUUAUUAUUAUUAUUAUUAUUAUUUAAACGCUACAGGAGUCUUAAAGGGAUAUUCAGGUGUAAAAUUAAUUUAGGGUCAAACCCACCGUAACACCGAGUUAGACCCCCCCUCCAGAGAUGAAUGUUGUCGACCGCUUGCUUCUCUAGUUAUACCAACUUUAGUCACGACCGCAGGAUAGAAAUACAGAGAGACACGCCCCCAACCAAAACGCCACUCUAUAGCCACAAAUAAUGCUCAGAACAGCACCUAACUUCAGAGUUUCCUGAAAUUUGCUGAUUUCCUCCAAAGACGAUGAGUCGUGUCGGUGUCAUCAUGUCAUGUCAGCAUCAGUUUUAAUAAUCAGGCCACCAUCAGGAUGAGAGGCUGAGAAAUCGACCAAUCAGGAAAGAGCGAACAGAGACAGACGGAGUAACAGUUAUUUAUACCAACAAGAUAUCGACAUUUUCCACGACCAUAAAAAAACAAGACGUUUAAAUGUGAGGAUGAACCAACAUGAGAAAUCAAGAUCAUACAAGAGUUUGAUCAAAACAGUCAAGAAAUCAGCUGAAAAACAGGCGGACAAGAUUUUAUCAGGUGGACAAGAUUUCGUAUAAGAAAGUCACCAUCAUUUCUUCAUGGAAAUACGAUCAGACCGAGACGCAGAAGAACUACCGCGUCUGUAAAAUGAUUAAUAUGGUGAUUAUUACUUCAAGGAAAUGAUAAAGAAAUGAUCAUAAAUGUUCUUCCUUGAGCUGCGUAACCCCGCUGUAGUCUGUAAUGGACUGGCCUGAGGUCUCUCUACAAACAAGCGUCUGCUGGAAGAGAGUAGGUGAAGUUAGGUGCUGUUCUGAGCAUUAUUUGUGGCUAUAGAGUGGCGUUUUGGUUGGGGGCGUGACUCUCUGUAUUUCUAUCCUGCGGUCGUUACUAAAGUUGGUAUAACUAGAGAAGCAAGCGGUCGACAACAUUCAUCUCUGGAGGGGGGGUCUGAAUCCUAAACUGGACAUCUAGAUCUCCCUCUCAGUUCAUCCAUGUGUCUGUUUAACGUUCUUCUUUAUGGUGACACUUCAGUUCUCUGGUGUUUCAGUCACUCGUCUGCGAUGGUUUCAGGCUGCAGAGGUAUUUUCACUUCGAUUAUUUAUUCCUCCGUUUUUGUCUCCAUCUGAACUCGCAGUGACCUCCCUCUCUCCCUCUCUCUCUCUCUCUCCCUCUCCCUCCCUCUCUCUCUCUCUCUCUCUCUCUCUCUCUCUCUCUCUCUCUCUCUCCCUCUCUCUCUCUCUCUCCUCAUGCUGUUUGUUGUUUUAGUUUUAUGAGCUGCCUGAACACAAUAACUGGAGUCAACACUGAAGCACUGAAGCUGUAACCCUGCCGCUCUGUCGCCUAACAGGAGCCGCUGCCUCAUGUAAUUUCUGGAUGAGUCACCCUGACAGAUCUGUGUGUGUGUGUGUGGGCAGUGUCUCACGACUGUGUUCUGAUGGUGGUGAUGAGUAGGCCUCGCCUGUUUGUUUGUCAGCAGCCCUACUGUAGGACGGUGGUGUGGCUCUCGCUGUGUCAGGGUGUGGACUGUGAAGAGCUCUGGUGUGUUCGCUGCCUGCUGACAGUGUGGGUAAACCGCCUUUCCUCAGGUUGUUGUGGUUGCUGAACAAGCACCAUCUGUAUGUUUGCUCAGGAGUGUAUUCAGCCGAGCGUUGUAAUCCCAGCAGCGCCGCAGGCUGCGUUUGUUGAAUGAAGCUGGAGUGUCAGGGCGAGGCUGUGUUUGAUGUGAUGGAAGGAGCGGAUUAAAGCCAGAUCAGCCGGACCAUUGAUUGAUUACCCGCUUUUCUUUGUGUAAAUAAAUUCACAGGAAAAUCAAUCAAUCAAAUCAGAUCACGGGACAUGCCGGGGAGGGGUCCAUUUAGAAGAUUUGAAGCAGCCCCCUCCCCUGAUAAAUAAGACGCUUCAGUCUUUAGUGAGCCCAACAUCUCCCCGUCCAGACCUCUGAAGUCGACUGUAUUAUGUAACAGCUUCAUGUUGCCUACACAGCUGACUGAACGGAACAAGGAACAUAAAUAUGCAAAAGCUCAUAUUUGCAGAGGACUCAUCUUCAGCUGCAGCUCCAGGCUUUAAAAAUGAAAUAUAAUCAUCAUCUGUUCAGAGAGACGUCAGGCUGGGAGCAGGACCAGGACUUUGUAAGAGUCCAUCAGUUCAAUAAGAGGUCGAUUAAACAAAUUUCAGGACAGCUCGACCCCGACAUUAGAAGAAAUGACUGUAUGAUGUUUACAAGACGUCAGAGAAGAGUCUCAAACUUCCAGAUCCAGUUUUUACAAAACAAUGAUAUCUUGUUGUAGUCCAGGGUACGAUAUUAUAUCAGCCUGAGUUUGAGUGGAAGGUUAGCAUUCAGGAAAGAGUACAGGUCAAGACUUUAGUACCGUAUUUUCUGGACUAUAAGUCACACCAGACAAAAAAACUCAUAAUGAAGAAGAAAAAACGAUUUAUUUUACAAAAUCCAAGACCAAAAAACAUUUUAUUUUGACAGGUUAGUUAUAAUAAUAAUAAUAGAUCAGGCUGAAUAAGUGUACGGUAUGUUAAUGUAACAGGUUGAUGUUUAUUCAGCUACAUGAAGCAGAAACAGUGAACUCCAUAGAUGUCCGGUAUGUUAACGUUUCAUAUUAACACUUAUUCAGAUAAUUGUAAAGAACAUAAAACAAGUUUACCAAACUCUCGAUCUCACUCCAAAUCACCAAAUCCAUCAAAUUCCUCAUCCUUGGUGUCACUUCUGAACAACUAGAGCGCCCUCUAGCAGCUGUCAGCGUGAAAAGAACAAACAUGAAAUAAUGUAUUCUAAUAUACAAGUCGCACCUGAGUAUAAGUCACAAAUCCAACCAAACUAUGAAAAAAGUGCGAUUUAUAGUCCAGAAAAUACGAUAAGUAAUCCAGUUAUUGUCGCCCACCCUGAAAAUUCUGGGAAAUUUUCAGAUAUAAGAAUUAAGGCUGUCAAACGGUUAAUCUUUUAAAAUCACGAUUAAUCGCAGAAUCUUUGUAGUUAACUGCGAUUAAUCUCAGUUUGAAUUGCAUGUUUAAAACUCUGUUAUUUUGCAUUUCAAGGCAGUUUUGAGACCAUAAUGUCAAGUUUUUUUGUCAUAAUUGGGAACCAAACGAACACAAAGAAAGAAUUUCCUUUUUGAUCGUUUGUGUUCGUAAAAAAAAAGCAGCAUGUAGAACAACUUAAGACGAUGUCUACGUCAAAUACAAAUACGUUUCUUAGAUUAAAAAAGUCCCAUGUUGACCCACUUGUCUACUUCAGUUUAAACAAAAAGCUUCAGUGUGGCUGUGAAACCUUGACUUCGGAGGUUGAAAACAACUUCCAAAUAUAAAACAGAGCUCUGACAACUGCAGCUCCAAAUGUGCGUUUAGAUCGAGCAUUUAUAGACAGACAUCGUCAUGUUUUCCUCUAAACGUCUUUUCUCCUGCAGGAUUAUCAUCUGUGUGGGUCUGUGUUCCUGCAGCUCUCUGAACCCUCUUCCUCAUAUCCUCAAACUCAUUUGCAUAAACAGUCGAUUUACUGUCUCAGCAGCACAAUCGAAGGUGUAAACUGUCAAUCACUCUGAGAGACGACAGGAAUACACUUUAAUUAUUUGUAUCAGUGUCAUCGAGGGACAUCCUGCAGUGACUGGAACCAUAAACUGACAUCGUAAAUACUGUCGAGUCCGACCUGAGUGUGUGUGUGUGUGUGUGUGUAAUGCUGCUGAACACUUUAUCCCCACAGUCCGAAGUACAAUCUGUUUAGCCUUUCUUCCAUUUUUAAGAGCCUUUUCAUUUCUGGGACAAAAACAGGCUCAGACUGAACAUGAACCGUUCCUCUCAGAGUCGUUCAGGUCGAUGUUCUGACUUCAUCAGGUGAUGUUGGAGGGUGAUCAGUCUCCUCACAGUUAUUGUGUGUCGGUUGUGUGUCGGUUGUGUGUCGGUUGUGUGUUGUUACGGCAGACUGAGGAUGGAGGAUUUCUCUCUGUUCCUGUUUUUCUUUCUCACAAAGAUUCCCCGUUCAUUCUGUCACGUGCAGCAGCCUCAGCAGAUCGAAGCGCUCUGAUUCCCUCGUCUUUGCUCGUCUUCGAGGUUGUUUGAGGUGAAACCGAGCAUCCAGCCUCUGUGCUCAUGUGGUAGGAAGCAUGACAAAUCCAAAUGCUCUCGUCAGGCAGGAUUGCUCCCGUGUGAUUGUUUCAAACCGGUGAUUUCUCCUCUCUGAUUAGUCACGCUGCUUUCACCUCCUUUGUCUCUGCUCGCCGUUACAUCGCCGGCUUUGUGCCGGGUUCCCUGGAGAAAACUCUUCCUCUUCCUCUUCCUCCUCAGGCUCCAGGCUGAUGCUCCAGCUUCAUGCCUUGUUACUGAUCUUCGACAGCAGCAGGGUUUUUUCGAGCGUCAUUGUGACGCUGAAUGUCGGUGUCUGUCGGGGGUGGACUGUGUUAUGUAAGAGGGCAGAUGUGCAGGCAUGUUUCAGCCGUGGACUUUAACAUGCAUCAAACAUGGAAGUGUGGAGACUCGAACCUUCUUAAAGCUCACUGCUGUGGACGAACUCGAGUCUCUCAGCUGAUAUCAGAAAAUAUCAAAGUGAAGAAGAAAACUACAGAGAGUGUUUGCUUUAGUGUUGUCAUGACGCCAAAAUCUGGACCUGGAUAUGGAGAGAGACUUAAAAUACAUGAAACAUGACAGUCAGUUUGUUUACAGUCUCAGUUUAAUCGACUAAACUCAUACAGGUCGGUGUCAGACGUCAGAAGUGUCUACAACUGCUGCUGGGCAUUUUGGAGAAACAAGAAGAUGGAGCAUCGUACAGCGUUGUUUUUGUCCGACAUGAUGGACGCGCUACUUUUUCUAAAGAGGAGACCAACGCUACUCCUCUACUCUGGGGUUACGGGGUUACGGGGGCGUGGCGCACACUCACAUGCAUGGUCCGAUCAUAGUCCGACUACGCUGGUUACAUGGUAGAGAAAAUCGAAUUCCAGUCUCAUUAUCUGGGUGUUUUAAUCAGAGUUCUCAAACUCUGAUUAAAGUCGGACUAAAGUGUUUACAUGACCUUCAGUUGUCCGGUCUUAAUCGGAAUAAGGCGAUAAUUCGGUUUUCCUGAGUGUCAUGGAAACGGACUGACUGAAAAAACACCAGCCUGAUACUUGAUACCAAACAGACCAGAGAAUUCAGUCAGGAUCAGAGUUUUUAGUUUAUGACUCUUAGUUUGGUGAGACCUGGUUGUCUGUAUCUGAGAUACUCGGCGAGGUUCGAAGUGUUUCAUCUCAGCAUCUUUUGCGCCCGGUUUAAUGAGAUGACUCACUUUUUUUGAUGACUCGCUUUGGUGGUCAUGAUCCGACAGAGGCAUUGCUUUUCUUUCUGUCAGCUGAAGCCGAGGUUCAGGAUGUAUGAAUGUGAAUAACUAGCGGGAGUUUUGACAGUCUGACAAGCCCCUCCCUGCUGAUACUGCCACCCUGUGGAGAGGCGAGGAACAACAUUUCAUCCCCUCAGUCUUGAAAAUACUACUUCCUCAGUCGCUUACAUCAGCGCAACGUUGAACCAUUUCAGUUACAUGAAAUCUCAAAUGUGUAGACUUCUGAGGUCGCUGAGCUGAGAGAUAAUAUUCCCGUCGUAGAAGGACGGGAAUAUCAAUGUACCAUACAACACUAGUCAGUGCCACUUUUAUGGUUAUUAAGUGUUAUAUAAGGUGACUACAGCGUGAGAUCCAGUGAUCCAGAUCCAUGGUUUAGACCUGAUGAGUCCUCUUCUGUGAUCUGUGUGUGUGAACCAAAUCUAAAGAUGAAGAUGUGAAGAUCCUCGUCUGUCUGCAGCUGCAGGGCCGGACACUCGAUCUGUGUUUCCAUCUCUGCUCUGUUACUCCACGGCCUUUAUAGCUGUCACCCAACAUAACUGCUGGCAUCUGCUGCGUGUUUGCAGUCCGUCAGCAGCCUUUAGCACAUCUGUAAGUUAUCUAACCGGAGCUGGGAGCAGAGGGAGAGAGGAGAGGAGAGAUGGAGGCUGUCAGGGAGGGAGCAGGAGGUUGGCCCAGGAUGAAAGGAAACUUACUAGGACGGAUCUCCAAAGAGAGGCAGAGGAUGAUGCAGAAUAAAGACGAGUGGAGCGAGGAGAUCAGAGUGUGCAUCCACUCAUGACAUUAGAAGAGCAGGACUGGACUACGGCAGACAGAGAGGUUUAAGUCAGGCGAGCGGCGUUCAGGUGUGAAACGCUCUUCAUCAAACAUACACGUGUCGGUGCGAACAUACGCUCUUCGACGUCUGUGUCAUGAAAAAUGAAAAACAGGUCGUUGAUUCCAAACGAGAUGCGUCACUCUGAGGCGGCGGUGAUGAUGGUUACCUUUGCUCGCUCUCGCCUCGCCCACCUCCCCAUCAGCUCUCCUGUGGUAUGAGCAGGACGUGAGGCGAAUAGAGAUGGGGUGUCCUUUCAUGGUGGGGGGGGGGGGGGAUUCCAGCGCUUCCAUAUAUGGCGGCGGAAGUGCCCCCCCCUCCCUCCUGCCUCCUCCUAAAGCUGCAUCUGUGGAAUGGAGGGCGCUGACUCUGCCGCUGCUCGCUGAUAAGAGCUCAUCUGAAAGGGAAAUUGGCUAAGUUCACACACACUCACACACACACAUUCACACACACACACUCACACACACACACACACACACACACAGCAGAUAGAGGGUGAAUUUCCUCCUCCUGAGGGCGUCGGAGCAGUGCGGCUUUAGCGUGCCGAUUGUCACACUGACUGAGCAGAAGCAAAUAAUGUCCAAACAGAAUAAUGAGGGAGAGCAGCAGCAGAACACUAAUGGACAUAAUACAUACAUCAGCUUAUCACUCACACACUCAUGCACCAGUGAUCCUCACGGCUUCUUCCACAUUAACACUAAUGGACUUCAUAGAUUCACAGCUGAGCGUGUUUGUUUUUGGGGUUAGCGUGCAGCUGACAGUGAAGUCCAUCGAUUGUUCUGCUGUGGAGCUGAGAAGAUGAAUUUUCAUGAAUACGUAUGAAAUCAUCUCAUCCACAGACAGACCUGAAUAUUCACAUGAGGAGGUGUAAUUAUACGUUUUUGUAUUAUAAGGAUUAUUGUGGAUUAUAAACCUUUAAAACAAAAACAUACGAGCACAGAAAAAAACACACUGACAUGUUAUCAAACUUUAAAAACAGAAAUAAGUCUGAGCAGGAUCUGAAAACUUAAAGGAACAUUCUGGUGUAAAACUAAUUUAGGGUCAAACCCACCAUAACACCAAGUUAGACCCCCCCUCCAGAGAUGAAUGUUGUCGACCGCUUCCUUCUCUAGUUAUACCAACUUUAGUAACGACCGCAGGAUAGAAAUACAGAGAGCCACGCCCUCAACCAAAACGCCACUCUAUAGCCACAAAUAAUGCUCAGAACAGCACCUAGAUAUCGACAUUUUCCAACGACCAUAAAAUCCUGAAAACAAGACGUUUAAAUGUGACGAUGAACCAACAUGAGAAAUCAAGAUCAUAAAAGAGUUUGAUCAAAACAGUCAAGAAAUCAGCUGAAAAACAGGCGGACAAGAUAUUAUCAGGUGGACAAGAUUUCGUAUAAGAAAGUCACGAUCAUGGAAAUACAAUCAGACCGAGAUGCUAAAGCAGAAGAACUACCGCGUCUGUAAAAUGAUUAUUAUGGUGAUUAUUACUUCAAGGAAAUGAUAAAGAAAUGAUCAUAAAUGUUCUUCCUUGAGCUGCGGCACCCCGCUGUAGUCCGUAAUGGACUGGCCUGAGGUCUCUCUACAAACAAGCGUCUAACUUGGUGUUACGGUGGGUUUGACCCUAAAUUAAUUUUACGCUGGAAUGUCCCUUUAACAUGUUUAUAUGUUAACAGAAACACUCAUAACUGAGCCAACAGUCCUCUGUUAUAGUCAAACAUCUAUCUUUACAGGCAUUAAAAUCCUCCUUAUUGAAUGUGUUUGGUUUAAAUCCCAGUAUGUGUGUCAGUUCAAAGGACAGUAUCUGAAGUGUAGAUACCUUCUCGUGUUUAAGCUCUUAAGAAAUUAAGCAGAUUCAGAGUCUUACAUACCGGGUUAACUUAAACCUCUUCUGUGAAGAAAGAAUCGGACAAACCUGUUGGAGCUGAACCACAGAUGUUCGGUCUAAAAGCAGAAACGUUCUCAAACUUAGUAAACAAAUGUAUUCCUCCUCCCUCUGAUGAUUCCUCAUACAGCAGAGACGUUUGUUUGUAUCUGUGCGGAGCUGCAGGGCUGCCUGCAGGCCUGUGACAACCGUCUGCUCUCCUCUAAGAAACUGUGAAUGAAGAGAUGAACCGUCUCCUCAAACUUCACAGAUCUGAAAAUCCUCCAAGUAUAUAAACAUCAGCUCUCAUUUAGUCUGGAUCGGAUAUUUGAAUUUAACGUUUUCCUUUAAAAUAUGGAUGAAUUCUCGACUGUCAGACUGAUGUAUGUGACAUGAGGACAGGAGAGACGUUCACGGUUCGGCUGAUUGGAAGGUUUCCAUCCGAGGAAACGACAAUGAAAACAGACGACGUGUUUGUCGAGAGACUUGUCUGAUAAAAACGGCAGAAGGAGACAGGGAGACGUGUGAAACGUGAACAAGCUGGAGCUGAACGACCGUGUGAUAAAACACACACACAAACACACACACACACGUAUAUGUAGAGUACAUGCUGGGAACAGGUCAUUCAGUCAGCAAAUUUAAUGUAUUAUUAAACUGUUACCCAGGAUUUCCACCAAAUCUGGAAUGACAGGGAUUUUCGCCGUACGCCAAUUUCUACCAGAUCAGUUAGUGAGGCAAAUUUCUAGUGGAUUACGGACAGCAGGAAUCACAAGAACUCACAAAAACCUGCAAAUUCACGCGUAUGUGGAAAUCCAUAAAACUGCAGUACCCAAAGUGUCCACUUGGGGAUGUCUCCAAAAGCAAAACAAGCCCAUAGGAGCCCAUAUGAACUGUCAGAAUUUUAAAGUCUGUCAGAUAAUUAAAGGAUUUGAUCAAAAAAAACAUUUAGUCCCUUUAAUCUUUGAUAUAAAAUGUCCUUUUUAACAACCAAACAUGAGUUUAUAUUUUAUUGUCAUUCAGAUCUAUGUCUCCUCUCUCCUCUCUCCUCCUCCGACUUUUCGAUUUAUUCCAAUUAUAAAACAUUUUGUCUUUUAAUCAUUUUUUUCAGUUACGUUUGUUAUGAUGAUGAUAAGACUGGAACAUAUUGUACCGCCCCUCCAAAAACCAAUAUUUAACAUCACUCAGCCUACAGCCAUUUUAAUACAAUCUGUAAAAAAUCCACUUUUGAAUUGAAUCCAAACCAGACGAGCUCCGACUUCGAUACGAUCCGUGUUUUUAUCUUGAAUAUAAGAGUUUCUAAAAAUAGUCCUGAGUCUGUGUUUGUUCAGACCUCAGGUUCCUGCCGUUUGAUUGAAAACAUCAUGCAGGACCACAAAUUGCUUCUGUAGUGUUGGAGUGUGUGAGUGAUGAGUGUUUACACAGCGGCUGACACUGCGGCGCCGUGAGAGAUGGGAGGACGGCGGCGAGUUAUGAAGACGACACACACAAACACUCAUAAACACACACACACACGGGGGGACACACACUAAAACUUGAAAACAACAGGUCACCUUGACUUGUGAGAGGAGGCCAAACACACCUGAGCGCCACAUGGGCCCGACUUGUUUCCAAGGCGACCACCUAGAGUAAAUGACCUUUCCUGAGGAUGUGUGUGUGUGUGUGUGUGUGUGUGUGUGUCGGGUUAACCUUCAUAUUCCAGCCGGUCCUCACACACACAGACACACACAGACACACACAGACAGGGAUAAACAGCAGAGGGACCUGAGGGUGAACUGUACUUAUCACCACAGACUCUGUUGACUCUGGGCUGAUAGCCGUGAUGGUUCGAGGGCGGAGAUCCUCCAGGAUCCUCCGUUUGUUUCCUCUAAGGGAUCAAACUUCCUGUUCGCCUUUUUCUUGAAGAUCCUGUGAGCAGCUAACCCCCAAUUUUCACUUUUCCGGAAUGGCUCAGAUCCGGAACGGCGGCAAUUUUCGCUGUCCGCCAAUUCCUACAUUGGUGAGGCAAAUUGACACGUUAACUUGAAUGGUUACGAUCAGCUACGAUCGGAGGAUACGACCUUUUAGGAGACGAUCAGGAUGAAGGUGGACGUUGGGGAUGAGGGUUUGUGUUGACUUUGGCGCCCCCUGUGGACAACAUUGUAGCUUUUAUCUCUUUGCCUAUCUUUGCAUUAAUAUGUAUAACUUUCAGGGUUUUUUUGGGGGUCUUCAUCAGAGAAGACAGAAAUACGAAUGCUUAUAGGUUCAAUUCUCUAAAUUAACUGUUGCAGGUUUUUCUGUCUUGGCGUCUCAAAUUUGAUCGUCUGUGUUUAAUUAUCUUCACUGCUUUCCUGAGACAGAGAUACCUGGUUUCUGAUUGGUCUUUUACAGAUCAGUUGAUCAUAGAUCGGUCAGUAGAGCAGAACAAAGAUGGCAGUCCACCGUUAGCAUAAUAAUACUUCAAUCAGUGACGAUUACUUUAAGAUUUAAAGUAUUGGAUCCAAGUCCAGUGAUCUUUUCUGGGGGAUGGAGAGGACCAUGAAUGUUGCAGAAACAAGGAGGAAAGCUGCCGGUCUCACAAAAUGAGUAGAUUUUACUCCAGUCAGUCAGCAACUCGAGCUCCUGAUGCUUAACCUGUUUUUGAUUCCAAGGAAACAGUGAAAGUAAAGAAUGAGGAUUGAGAGCGUAAGGAAACUGAACUGACUGCUUUAAUAACACAGAUAAUAGAUCCAGUCCAGCGCUCUAGGUCAGUUACCUCUGUGUUUGGGGUCUCUGUCUGUCUCUGAGUUCACCUGACACGCCUCUGUCCCCGCCCCCCUGCUGGGUCUGCCAGGUCCCUUCAAGCCGGUUAAUCUGCUUGGCAGCGAGCGGCGCAGCGGGUCCUAAUGGUGCCACACGGUUGGCUCGACUUUACAGUAAUUUACGCCCCAACAUGAUAUGAACCUGCUGCUGUUUAUGUCGGCUCUGACUCACGCUCACACACACACACACACACACACACACACACACACACGUACACGUCUCCUGCCUCCUCAGCCACACGCUGGCACGCUCACAGUCUUCUCCAUCCACACAGACGGCCCUCACUCCACCAUGUUGGCAGAGGCAGCGAGGUCACGUUGUUCUUGAUUGUGUUUGUUUGCUUCGCUUCGUUCUCUGGAGUGUUUUCGCUCAGAGUGGGUUCACCUGUGUGGGAAGCACAUUUGCUCAAGUAAGCCCACUCUAACGCUGUAACUGCACUUUAUUUCUGCAGUUUAUUUGGACAGAUGAAACUUUUCACAUGUCUGGAUUUACAGACCCAGAUUGGAUCCUGUUUUUGGAAGUCAGUCACUUUGGAGUUCCCCCAGUUUUAGAGGGGGCUGGUUCUGCUUCGUUACCCAUGAACAGACGCUGGUCUUAUUUUCACCACGACUGUCCUUCUCUCUUCUCUAUCCUUUCCUAGAAAAAGGCACAAUACUCCCAGAAUCCCCUCUAAUCUGGACUCUGAACAUCUCUCUCUUUUUUUAAAUGUUAAAGACUAAAACUAAUAAAACUUAAAGAUUACCACCAGGGCUGCAAAGGGGCAGAAAAUUUCCAGUAAAUUUCCAGAAACUUUUCAUGGGAAGUUAAACUGGGGAAUUUUGGAAAUUGGAAAUUUUCCAUAGGAAUUUAUGGGAAUUAGCUGUAAACUGGGGGUAAAUUAUACAAACUGUAUCAUCUCCGAACACAAAUGUAAGUACUUUUGUUUUUUCAUAAGCAGACAUCCAUGCAAAAUAAUAGGAUUAAUGGCAUGAACAGAAAUAUAAUCGGCUUAACAACUGGAAUGAUCUUCCAAAUAUUUAAUAAUUGAUGUCUAAAUGAUUGUUUGGUGACAGAAAACCGUCUGUCAGGAGUCUGAAGAAACAUAUUUGAGGUCGCUACCACCACCAAUAAGCUCGCCCCUUAAAUGGUCAAUAAAAUAAAAAAUAACUUACAUUUAGCACAUAUGUAAAUUUAUUUUUGACAAGUUAAAUAUUAAUACUAUUAUAGAUCAUAUUUACUCCAUGAUAUUAUCCAAACGUACUUGUCUUAUAUAGUCGGUGGGCUCACAUGUCAUGUGCUUUGGGACAACCUUCGAUUUUGUAAAUUUCAGAUUUAUUUCUCUUAAUUCCCAUGAAAAGUUUCCAACUUUGAAAAUUCCCGCUCUGUUAUGUUUGAUGUACACAGAAAUGUCCUACCAGCCCACCCUGAGAAGGUCAGUGUCCUAAUCUGGCUUCUCCAGUCCAGUUCACCGGGUUAAUAUCAAAUAAAGUUCCUGUCCUUCAUCCUCUUCAUAGUCUUCUUCAUAAAUUCAUUACAUUUCGCAGAGUUCGGAUUAUUUCCGUCUUUCAUUGAGCAGUUUUUCCCAUCGGUGCGUUGGCGUCAUCAUCAGCGCCUGUUUUUGAUUGGUGUUUGAAUCCGUUUCCACCUUGACUUCAACCUCACAGGUUUCUCUGCCGUUCUUGUAUUAAUCGGCGGUUUGACCUCUGUCUCUGUCUCACAUCACUCACCUGUGGAUGAUUUCUAUGUGCUGUUCGGUUGCUAUGAUGGAUCCAUUAACCCCGGCGUUAAGGUCAGACUCUCACUUGUUUAAGUGUUAUGGUCGUGAUGGUGCUGAAGGAGAAAUGUCUGUUUUAUAAAGAAAUUCAUGAAACUGAUGAGAACAAAAGAGUAUUUUAGAUGUUUGCUUCUCCAGACUGACCGUCUUUGUUAUAACGAAGGGUUAACUCGAACCUCUGUCACUGAUAUCAGUCUGAUGGUUCUCAUCAGACUAACAUGUCGUUCAUUCUCUUAAACAAGAAGUUAAUUUAGGAAAGAGCGACUUUUUUCUCUCAGUGUCGUCAUGGCGACACACGAAUUCUGCUUCCAGUUCUGCUAACAAAGUGACUUUAACACCAGAGAAGAAAUCCUCAUUACAAUAAGAUAAUGAGCGUUUACUGUUUUCCUUUACAACAGAGCUGCAUGACACCAGACAGACGGAGACUAAAGAAACUCUGGUUUAGGAAACUACUGUUGGCUUUAGCCUCAGUCAGUCCGUUUCCAUGACAAUCGAGGAAACCGAAUCAUCGCCUUACUCCGAUUAAGACCGGACAACUGAAGGUCAUGUAAACAUCUUAGUCCGACUAUAAUCAGAGUUUGAGAACUCUGAUGAAGACACCCAGAUAAUGCGAUUGGAAUUCUGAAAAGACCCAUAUCGCCCCCUAGUGUUGGGGAGGAGGACACGUUCACGUCAAUAAUUCAGUUUUCUCAGCUGCAUGUAAACGAGGAAAGAAGUCUCCCCGUCCCAGCAGCAGCCUGGUGUCUCUCUAACAUCAGUCUGGUCCUUCUCAAGGUUUCUGCCUGUUAAAAGUUUUUCCUCACCACUGUCACUCAUGUUUGAUGAGAUGGGCCAAAUCCCAUCUUAGGUUGGGUCUUGAUCAAACAGUGAGCGUGGUCUGGACCUGCUCUUGUCAUUUGGAAAGCGUCUUGGAUUGACGACGGGUGUGAAUUCGUGCUAUAUAAAUAAAAUCUGAUUUGAUUUAAAGUCCGAUUCAGCGAGAAAAAACGCAUGAUGAGCUCAGUCCGAUUAAGCUGUUCAUGUAAACACACUGAGUGUUUGAGGAGUUUGAUCCUCCUGUGAUGAAGAUGAAGAUCUAAACUGAGAGUUCAGUCAGGACCAGGAUCGACAAAGCGUUCCCCACGUCUGCUAAAACUGAGUGGUUAAGUUAGUCUUUCUGUCCUCAGAGCUUUAGUCAUGGAGCUGACACUCUGAAACUGCUCUUCUAAAGCCUGUAGACUCACUGACUGCUCAUACGGUCGCUGGGCUGACAGUCUUUGUAGCUCCGAUCUGAAGCCUGUGGACGUGGCUCCCCGUCAAACUCUGAAGGAUUCAAUAGAUUCCCCAGAGGAGGACUCUCCUGGGUGGAUCACAAGCUGCUUCAACAGACAAAAGAGUGAAGUCUCCACACACACACACACACACACGCACACGCACACACACACACAAACAAUCACAGGCUGAAAACCUCGGCUCCCAUGGAGAAACUGAUGCUACACGGCAGCAGGUCCUGCCAACACAGAGCACUCUGAAAACACACACACACACACACACACACACACACACAGGUAUUUACUGACACAUUCUGGGUUCUAUUCCAGAGUUGUCCUGUCACACACAGACACACUUUUUUGUCUCAAAUCCGGGGUGAACAUCUGCCGAACACUCCUCCUUCUCAGAGAAGUGGAGAAGCUUGUUUUCUCCUCCUGCAGAUAAAUAUUUCAGCUGCUUACCUGCCAGACAACAUGUCAGCCUGAGUGUGUGUGUGUGUGUGUGUGUGUGUGUGUGUGUGUGUGUGUGUGUGUGUGUGUGUGUGUGUGUGUGUGUGUGAACAGCAUGGAUGUUAUUGUUCCUCCAACGCUCCACAUCACCCGUCAGGUUUCUUUCUGCACGCCUUGGAUUGACUUUCUAAUUCUCUGUUCAGGUUCAGACCACAAACCUCGAGUCUCAGCUGAUCCUUAGGUCCUCAGAGAAGAUUUCCAGUGAAGUCUGAGUCUCCGUGAGUCCAAGUCCCUGUUCUUAGAGGACUUCUUAAACACAGCCUCAGAACAGUGUGGGACGUCUUGGAUGUCCCCGGUCCUGUUGGCGUGAACAGAGAGUGAAAUUAUCGAUGAAGAGACUUUGCAUAAAUGUGGAGUGUUUUUAGAAAUCUCUUUAUCCCAGAGUGGAGCUGUGAUGGUGUAAACAGACAGGUACUCUUGUUUUGGCUGGAGUGGGACAAAGUGAGGAGGACUGUAACCUCCAUUCCUGCCAAUCAUGCCCUUCAGUCUCCUCUCUGCCUCUGAUCUAGGACAACAACAACAGUGGCGAGGAUUGGCGAAUGUUGGCAUUAGUGUCGAGGGAGAACAGAGAGAUGGUUUAGAAAUGGUGGUUACUGGAGCGGCUUUAGAAUCUGAAGAGUGGACGCAUGAUGGAAAGACAGAAAUUCAAGCCAGAGCGAAAGACUGAAGGAAGUGUUGGAGUCCGACUUUACCGCCGACUUCAGGAGAGGAAUCACUGAAGGACCUGAAACUAAAGAGAUUUUUACAUGUUCAGAAAAUCAAGUGUUGAAAUGUUAGAUGAGAGUGUCACAUGGGCAAAGUUCCAAUAAGCUGAUCCCCUUCAUAAAAAAAGGAACAUCAUUAUGUGGCAACAGUGAAGGAGGCUUCUAGAAUGUUGGGUAGUGAUGUGAAGAUCAGUUCUUUUGACUGAAUCUUUAGAAUCGGUUCAUUAAAACGAUUUGUUCAAAAGAUUCGUUCACUGUAUAAGUCAGUGUUUCAGAGCCCCGCCCUGCCGCUGCAGUACACCAGUGAGUGACACAACGGCGAGUUCGUUCAUUAGCCCCUCCCCUCCCCUGCUGCUGAUGUCACAGUGUCGUUCACCGAGUGACUCAUGUCGUUCAUGAAAACUUUCGGAAAAGUGGCGAGAUUAAAACUAAAUAAAGAUGUCAGCUGUAGCGAGGAUUCAGAUACUUUAAAGAUAUUAAAUAUCGUAUUUCUUUAAAUCGUCUGAAAUUAAAUCUUCUUACAGGAAAGUUUAAACACGUUUAAAGGAUCACAGCUGAACUCAACUGAACUGAGAAAGGAACCAAUCAGGUCUCAGAGUGAUUCAGUUCACCUCGUUCACUCAGCAGUUCAGUUCUUUUGAAUGAAUCGUUCAUGAACGACACAUCACUAAGGCUGGGGCUGGGUUCUGGAAUGAUGGGGGGAGGGGCUUCAAUGACAGUAAAAGAAGGUUCUAGAACUCUGGGCUCCAGAAUGCGGUGACCACCUGUUUGAAAGUGAGUAAAAAAGAAAGAAUCGUUGAUCAUCAUUAAGUCCAAGUCUGAGUCAUCAGCAGAGUCAGAAUCUUUGACUCGUGAGCGCCGACGCUCCUCAAACAAACACGACUUUAUGAUCCAUCUGUGACUUUAGUUGAAUAAUUGUUCAUUUUCAACUUUAAAUGUCAGAAAGGAGUAAAAAACGCUCACAGAGACAUUUGCAGGCAGCAGCUGAAGAUCUGAUGAUCUAAACUGUCCUCACAUUACAGCUGGUGACAGAUCUGCCUGAUCAAUGAUUCAUCCUUCCUAUUGUAGUAAUAAAUAAAUCAAACCCAUUACUGACGGAUCAUAUUAACGCUGUUUAAUCAGAGCGCUUCUGUAAACCUGUUAACCUGGAGACUGCAGAGGUGGUUUCUCCUUCACGCCGCUGACUUUGGUUUUAUGUAACGUCGAACUCUUCCUCUUCAAACUUGAACUUUAUGUCUAAAAUUCGGAGCAGCGAUCCGCCUCACGGUUGAUUAGAAAGUGUGAAGUAAUUAUCUUGGCAUUUAGUCACCACAUUAAAAAACGCCGCCUCCUCUGGGACACUGAGAAACAUCGUUAGCGUCCUCAUCUGUGAGUCGAUCAGUAAACAGGAAACAGUCUCUUCAUCUGGAUGAACGUUUGAACAAACGCUGAACUCGACCUGUUUUUAUCUCGCCGUCUUUGUUUGCUUCUUUGUUUCUGUUUGGCUCCCAGAUAACGCCGCAGAUGAAGCACAAUCACGGGAUCGUUUCCUAAAACGCUGCAACGUGAUAACACAAUCGGAGUAUUGUGAUGAAGUUUGGACGUUUUAUUUUGGAGGUGAUUAGCGGGCGAAUCGAAACACAUGACCGCAGCACACGGGCAGAGUGAGACAAAGCAGCAUUGGCGUUGGCUAAUCCCGCUCAUUUCCACGCGCUCUGUCAAAUCUGCUCUUUCAUUCAGAGGAAUGCUAAUCAGCCUCCGUCCCUGUUGCUCAAGGAGCGAGCUCAGCUGAUGGAGCGUGGAUUAAGGCAGGGCCAGCCAAGUUCAUAAUCGUAUUAAACCGUCCCCUAAACCACAGGAGCGUGGUGGACUCCUGGAUUCGUUCUGCACCUCCAUGUGCGGCGCCGCGCUGAUGGUGAUUGACAGGUGCGGUGGUAUUUCAGAGUCAAUUAGAGGAUGGUUAUCACAGCGGGGAGAUGAUUGAUGAGUGUGAAGGGCAGGAGGAAGACUUCAAGUUUGGACCCGGACUUAGAGAGAGAGAGAGAGAACUCUUCUUCAGUUUGACCUUCAGUUACAGAUGAGUGAGACGGUCACCUGGAGGGACGGCAGAGCAGGAAGAGAACUGGGAAUAAGGGGAGGUAAAUGAUGAAGUUCUACGAUCAACUGAGUGUUAAAGAUGGUGAGACUGAUGCUAGAAAGAAGGACGGUCCAGAAGAAGGUCCAGGAUGAAGGAGCUCAAAGGCUGUGGAUCCCUUACCCUCUAUAGGCGACUCUAUGAGGGUUAGCGCCAUUGUGAGGGGGGUCUGAAACCUCAGUGAUCACUUCCAGUGCCCCAUAUAGGCGACUGAAAAUUUCCCAUAGAGCAUUGCAAAAUGUAGUGACCAUCCAAUGGUCAAUCAUCGCGGCAACGUCACAACGGUAGUGUCUGAAAACCUAUAUAGUGAAACCCCAUAUGUGGGUUAGGGACUGAGGGAUUCAUGUGGGACAGAGCCGAAGACUCCCAGACAGACCGAGGACAGAGGAGCAGAAUCAGACACCCAGUCCAAACCUCUAAACAGCAGCAGAGACCUGCUCUGAUUGGUCAGUCUACAGUCUGGGUGUCAGAGACUGAACCAGAGUCAUAUAUUCAAUGAAGGCCUGAUGUUAAUGAUGGACUCAGAGUUUAUCAGAAGAAAAAAAAAUGGUCUAGAAAUCUGGAAAAGAGGCAGAAAAAAAUCUGCAGACGUUUGUUUUUGAGGAAUGGAAAAACUCUUGGAGUAAAAAUAUGAUUUUCAAGAUUUUCUUUGACACAGCUCAUCAGGAGAAGGAUGGAUAUUAAAAAAAGUCCAAGAAGCCAUUUUUAAUCAUCUUAAACUUUCAGGACUUUUUAAUUUAGUAACCACAUUUUAACCUUUUUUAAAAUCGAGUGUUUUUUUUUUUUUUUGUCUCCAGACUAAGUUUAAGAUUUUGGAUCAGCUUGACAAAAACAGGCGGUCAUGUUAGGAAGAAAUCAGGAACCAGGUCUGAACCUUCAGAGUGUGUGCAGAAGUCUAAUUUAACCAUGAAUCACAAAAAAACUCUAACGCUCCUGUUUGUCCGUGCACGGAUCAGAACAAUGAGAGCGCUGGUUUUAUUUUCGGAGCCUGACCUUUGGACCGGGUCGGGUUAUUUCCCCCUCCUGGUUUCCAAUCAUUAGUUGAAGCUAAUCCUCCAGCUUCAUAUUUCGACGGCGUUAGUCCUCUCCUGAAAGAAAUUGAACACGUGCGUUUACCAAAAGAGGACAGCGUUCAUCGGAGUAAUCCUUAUUGCAACAUUGGCUCUUUAAUUAAACAUGAAAAUGAAGAGAAAAGAGACUCCGCCCCCUCUGAAUUGGUGGGUCGACCACGUGUUCCCAAACGUGAGGAUGUUACUGAAACAGAAAAGUUCAGUUUCCUGAAACUUCAGAGGAAAGAACUUCAUACAUGAAGACAAACCUGUUGGACAGAGGUUACAUAAGACGUCUCAUCACGCCCUCCCUCUCAGACAUGAAUAACUCAUGAACACAUGAACACACACACAUGCACACACACCCCUGAGAGCGUGCACGUAUCCAGGCUGUGUUGAUUUAGGGACUCUCUCGAUCUCUAUAUUUAUUCCUUUUGUUGAUCGUCCCUUUCUUCAUGCCAGGCGGCGCCGCUUCACUCCCAGCCUUGAUUACGGCUGCUGGAGUGUUUCCACUCACCGGGUUUGUUCAGCCGCCGCCGCCACCUUAUGUAACAGAAAACAUACCCAUGAUGAGACGGGAGAGCGGCGGCGGCGGCGGUGCGCUGGGGAAUAAGGGUAUAAAUAGGUUUGUUUGUCCCCAGAAACGAGGAGGAACACCGUUAACCUCGUUUCUUUUUCAUGAGUGUUUGUGAAGUUUCUCACAGCGGGGGGUUCAGAUCAGAGAGUUCCAGACCGAGUCUCCAUCCAAAGACCGUUUCCACUGAUGAGGCGUUUUAAAAACCAGAACAUCUCUUUUUUCUUUAACCUGGUUUUUUCACACCUUGAAGCUGUUCGGAUAUUUCCUCUCUCUCUCUCUCUCUCUCUCUCUCUCUCUCUCUCUCUCUCUCUGGACGCUCGGCCUGUUUGUCUUGCACCCCUGCGUCGUCCUGUCCUACUUCUUACCUCCUCUUUUUUUGAAGUGGUGAUGAAGUUCAGGCACCAAGGUGACGGUUGUGCGUCAGCCGGCAGACAUUAGCAGGCGUCUCUCGUAGCGAGCGGCCACAGGAAGACGUGUCUGUCAGCCUUAAACGUCCGCUGCUCUCUGCCUUCUGCUCCGUCUUUGUCCUCCGUACACGUCUGACUUUUCUCCUCCUUGUUUCCACCACGACUGUCUGCAAACUUCAAACCUUUUAUUCUGGAUGUCAUGAAGAGGAUGGAUAGAAAGUGGUGCAGAUAAUGAGCUCCAGCCGCCGCCUCCUCUUAGGAAGUUUUCUUCUUUAGCGCUGAUUGAAUAAAUCUCCUCUUUGUCCUCCUCCUCGCUCUCCUUUUACCUUUUCUGCAUGUCUGACAGUCGUGCCGUUUCAGAGCCACAGAGAGGGUUUGUGUGUUUAAAGCUGCAGGGAGAGUAAAGGGCGGCCUGGACUGACUGAGGGGGAGGCUGACUCACGGCAGAAAGACUCAGACUCAUUAGACAGCUUCUCUGUCCGUUCCUUCACUCGGUAACGAGGCCUCUGCUGGUUCUGUGAGCUCAGAGACGCCGCGGCAUCAGUCCAGACAGUGAGGGGGAUCAGGUCUGUACUGCAAAUCCUCAAAGAAAGACCCGUGUUCAGUCUGCGGACCAGCCCCCUUAUAAUGACAGUGAGUAAAGGCUCCAUCAUUGGCCAAGACAGUUUUAUAUGUCUAUAAUAUGGUGUAUGCAGUGAUCAUGUACAACCAUCCACAUGUUCUCAGGGCUGACAAGUUUGGAGUCAGACUUUAGCGUUAUGACGCGCCGAUCUACGUCGAUUUGUACCUUAAGAGUUACUCGAACUACAGCGAGCCGAGUUUACUAUCAUGAAACAAAUAAAAACAAGAGGGUUGAACGGGGAAAUGAGCGUGAGAAAUGUGGCGUGAGAAUGGGUCAAACUGCGUGACUGUCACACUCCAAAGUGUGAUGAUGGCAGGUCUGUGUUCUGAUCCGAUAUAAAAACCCAGUUUGAUAGUGAACGACUCUCUACUGCUCAGAUCUGCACUGUGAGCUCUAAUCCUGACAGCACUAACCUCAGUUAACGGACAGUGAACGAUGAGGGGAAGAAGUACUUUCUAUUGUUUAAGUCAGUUCACGACACACCUGACACUUUUCACAGUUGAUGUAUUAUUAUAUAUACAGUUUAUUAUGAAUAACAUUGUGUUAUUCAGGGCUCGACAGGGUGACCGUUUCACUUGCAUCUGCGACUAAAAAUAGACGUGUGUGAAUUGUAAAAUGUAUUUUUUUGUAAAUCAGUCGAAGCAACAAAUGUUUUUUUUCCUGUAAAUACUGCGGUGAUUUGGGUGAACUGACCCUUUAAAAAAGUAAUUAGCAGGAACAGUGUGUGUGUGUGUGUGUGUGUGUGUGUGUGUGUGUGUGUGUGUGUGUGUGUGUCGGAGUUCAGAGGGACACUGUGAGGAAGCCAAAACUAGAUUUAACAUGAAGAGAGGUGAGAGGACACGGACGAACCCCCCACCUCCUCACACACACACACACACACACUCUCCUCCUCCUCGCUGUGAGCUGAAAAUGAAUCCUCGCUGUCUUCCUCCUGGUUGGCUCAGCUGACUCUGUGUGUGUGUGUGUGUGUGUGUGUGUGUGUGUGUGUGUGUGUGUGAGUGUGUGUGUGUGUGUGUGUGUGUGUAUGUGAUGCCCCAGUAAAAAGUGGCGCUCUGUCUGUCACUGUGGUUCAUGUGUGUCCUCUCCUCACUCCUCUCUCCUCAUCUCUUCUUCUUCUUCUCCUCCUCUCCAGUCCAUCAUGGAGCAGUUUAACCCCUGCCUCAGGAACUUCAUCGCCAUGGGGAAGAGCUACGAGAAGGCGCUCACCAGUGAGUACUCCGCCCCCCUCCCCGUCCUUGUUUCCUCCCUGUCCUCGUCCUCCUGUCGUUCCUCCUGUCCUCUGAUUUCACCCCGGGGACAGAUCUUCAGCAGAUGUUUAGGUGGGCAUCAGGCCAAAGUCACUCGGUGUUUUUGAGGAUCAGACCUGCAGGAGCGAGUCCGUCGCUCUGGUCUGAGUGAAUGUUCUCCCCUUGUUAUCAGAGAUGAGACUCUGGGGUUCAUCUCCUCUGUGAUGUUGUCCUUGUCCACUCGUCUCCAUCCCUCCGCCUCCACUCCAUCCAUCCCGAACGUCGGCCUCAGCUCUCCGUCUUCUCUCAUCGCUUUUUUGUGGCUUGCACAGGUCUGUCCUGAGAGUGUGUGUGUGUGAGUGAGACACCGAGGUGUACGUGUGUCACCGGCUCAAGGUUAAAGCACGACAAAGACAAUGACGACGUCUCAGAGGAGCUAAGUGGAACAUCAGCCAAUGGGAAGUGGAACAGGAGGCGUCCUGAGAAUUAUGGCGCCCGUCCCCCCCCCACAGGGCCGGGGAAACGAGAACGAAGUGAGCCGGUAAUUUAGGACAAGACUGAGGAGAGAAAGAGAAAAAUGAAGAAACAGUCGGAGAGGAAGAGACGCAAAUGAAAGUGACGUGAGAGCAGGAACCAGGGUCCAAACUUAGUCCUGGGGAAACAGAUCUACCUCUGGAAAAGUCCCUACCCCCUAAGGACUUGGACUUAAAGGUGGUCUCAUUUAGACUGACAAGCAGGUCCUUAGUUCACAUCUAAAAUCCUGUAUCUGUGCCUUAAAGGUGGAGUCGACAGGAAUCUGUUAAAGAAGCAUCUUUUUAUUUUGUGGUUUUUAUACAAAAAUCUUUAAAUAUCAGUCAAUAGUUAUUAGUUAUUGAUGACAUUUGGUAAUAUAUCGAUAUCUCUGUGUUCUCUUAUGUCUGUGUCGUCAACAUUUGAACAUUUUUGAGCGGUCCGCUCUUUCUGACUGUAAACAAAGCCGUUCUCCACCUCCUCUAACCUGAUUGGUUGUGAGGCAGACGCUGCUCCCCCGUGUCGUUCAGGAGCCCAAACAAAGUUAGCGUGCUACAAUAUCGGACAGUAGAAACCAACCAGAAAGUUCGGAAAAUUGUCGGAAUCCUCCUUUGGCCACGACUGCCGACACAAGCAAGAAAACAAAGUAAAUACCGGAGACUCUGGAGGAAUAACGGGCGCUUAAAACGGAGGUAGACCGGACAAGAGCUAAAAAGCCGGGUCAACAUAAACCAUGGGGGACGCUUGGGGAUCUUGGUGACCCUGUAACCUUUCUGCUGGACAGGUAAACCGCUUUAACAAAGUAAGGAAGUGCGUUGUUUUUGUCCGACAUGAUGGACGCGCUACUUUUUCUGCAGAUGAGACGAACGCUACUCCUCUACUCUGGUGUUUUUGUUCCGGGGUUACGGGGGCGUGGCAUUGUCCGAUCAUACUCCGACUACGCUGGUUUCAUGGUAGAGAAAAUCAAAUUCCAGUCUCAUUAUCUGGGUGUCUUAAUCAGAGUUCUCAAACUCCGAUUAUAGUCGGACUAAAGUGUUUACAUGACCUUCAGUUGUCGGUCUUAAUCAUUUUUCUCAUGUAAACGGACUGAGUGAUGGUGCAGCCGUGUUUGGUUGGUAUGCGGCGUGCGCAGCAUCCAGCAGGACUCUCCUUUUUGUGCUCAGCAGGAGAAAGCAGGGAAGACGGGCAGAGGAGGGUCUGAUAGAUAAGGCUAAAAAUAGCCCUGCGACUCCCUGAGAGGGGAUUACACUUCAUCAAUGCCAGGCAGCGGCACAGAGGCCGGUUUAGAGUCGAGCGCCGCAGAGCCGGGUUGGGCGCCUGGCGAGCGUCUAUUGUUACAGAGAAAUGGCAGCAGAGCCUCGAGGACUCAGAGGAGAAGUCUGCUGACAGGUUUUUAAUCUCUGCAGGACUCUGUCUGUGGAUUUGUCACUUUGAGUCGAGGACAGGAGUGGACAAGGUUUGAAGGUCAAGAGGACACCUGUUCAAGGUUAAACCAGGACAUCUAGAUUCACUGAGUGUGGCGUCCGUUCAGGCAGACCAGAUCAGCUGAUCUCAACGCCACCGAGGUGUCGAGUUUGACAAACAUGACGUGUUGACGUGUUACUUUCUGAGUGUCAGUCAAAGGUCACAUGACUAACUUCUCCACGUGUUUGUUUUCAUUGUGAACAGUGGCGCUCUGAUGUCAUCUCAGAUCAGCUGAUGGUUGACCUUCAAUGAUCAAACUGAGCGUCCCCUUAAAACUGCUUACUCAUGCUGCUCCGCCUGUUGACUGCUCCACCUCCACCUGCAGCUCCUCCUCCUCCUCCUCCUCCUCCUUCACUCCAGCUUUGCUGCUGCUCUCCCUGCCUUGGCUUGUCGUCAUGUUUUCACCUGUAACAGGAGGGAGGAGGAGGAGGUGUGCUCUCUCUCUCCUCCUAAACUCUCUCAGACAAACAUGAUAAUGAUCUUCGAUCAAUGAUCGAACCUGAUCUGAAGUUCUUACCUGAUCAUCCAGGUGUGUCCUAACCGUCAGCAGAGUAAACAAAGAGCUUCCUGUCCGUCUCAGAUGAUUCAGACUUCAGACACUGUUUGGGUUUUUUUCGUUUACACUCUCUCUCUCUCUCUCUCUCCUUCUCUCUCUCUCUUUAUCGGCUUUAUAUCUCUGUCCUGAUCCUCUCUGCAGGCCCAAACUUCCUCUACCUCUUCCUUCUCUCCUCACUUCCUUCCUCCUUCUUCUCUCCUUUCCUUCCCCCUCACUCUCUUCCUCCUCUUCCUCUUCUUUCCUUCUCUCCUCAAUCUCUUCCUCUUCCUUCUCUCCUUCUCUACUCUCCUCACUCUCUUCCUCGUCCUUCUUUCCUUCUCUUCUCACUCUAUUCCUCUUCCUUCUCUCCUUUCCUUCUCUCCUCACUCUCUUCUUCUUCCUCUUCCUUCUUUUCUCUCCUCACUCUCUCACUUUUCCUCUUUCUCUUCCUUCUCUCCUCUUCUUCUCUCUUCACUCUAUUCCUCCUUCUCUCCUCACUCUCUUCCUCUUUCUCCUUCUUCUUUCCUUUCCUUCUCUCCUCACUCUCCUCCUCUUCCUUCUCUCCUUUCCUUCUCUCCUCACUCUUCCUCUGAUGGACAGGUGGAGUUAAUCCUGUCUGUAUCUGACCCCGCUCUCUCUCUCUCUUUUUCUCUCUCCCUCUCUCUCUCUCUCUCCCUCUCUCUCUCUCUCUCUCUCUCUCUCUCUCUCUCUCUUCUCUGGACAUCACUCACAUUAGCGUUGCUCGCCCUCCUCAGCGUCCUCUCUCUCUUUAUAUCCCACCUCGGUUUAAGGGGAGGAUCCCGGCUCAGGGGGCGUCAGAAGAGGGUCUGGGCUCGUCUCUCUCUCCCGCCUCUCUCUCUCUCUCUCUCUCUCUCUCUCUCUCUCUCUCUCUCUCUCUCUCUCUCUCUCUCUCUCUCUCUCUCUCUCUCUCUCUCUCUCUCUCUCUCUCUCUCUCUCUCUCUCUGUGUCGACAGUUUUUAUAAAAAGUGUUUUUACAGAAUCACUUUGAGGACAAAAACACAGAGCAGAGAGCAUCUCCGAGGGUCCCUGAGGACCCCCGUCAUGAAAACAACAAGACCUGGACCUGAACUCAGACUCUGAAUAGAUUGACGUUGUUUACCAAGCGGAGGUAUAGAGACUUUGUGGUUCUGUCCCUCUCUGGGGGACUCUGCAGGACUGUCCUCUGACAGUUCAAACACCCGUCAACAUGACAGUCCUGGUCCAGACUCCGUCCUCAUCCAUAUGUAUCUCCCUGCUGGACAUGUGUCCGCUGUCAUCUCCGCUCUCAGUCCCUGUGCGGCUAACCCCAGACUCGCUUUAAUUCACUGUCGCCGUCCUCGUCAUCGCUGCUGCUGCUUGCGGCCAUCUUGUCCCUGUUUCUGAGGCGUCAUGAGUCACGGUGAUGUCUCAGUCAGUGUCUCUGGAUCAUGUGAUAAAGCAGCGCAGAGAGUGAUAUUAUUUUAUCUUAUUUUCAGAAUAAGAUUCAGUUCAAUUCGAAAAUGUUCUGCCAUUUGAAAAGUUCCCCGACUUAUCCUGUAGAUGGCGCAGUGACCUCAUGACAGUCUUCAUCCACUAAGAGACCAGUCCAUUAGGGACUACAGCGGGGUGCCGCAGCUCAAGGAAGAACAUUUAUGAUCAUUUCUUUAUCAUUUCCUUGAAGUAAUAAUCACCAUAUUAAUCAUUUUCCAGACGCUGUAGUUCUUCUGUCUUAGCGUCUCGGUCUGAUUGUAUUUCCAUGAAGAAGUGAUCAUAAAUAUUCUUCCUUGAGCUGCGGCACCCCGCUGUAGUCUGUAAUGGACUGGCCUGAGGUCUCUCUACAAACAAGCGUCUGCUGGAAGAGAGUAGGUGAGUUGUGUUUAGUCUCUUUGCUAAAGAAAUGAGUCAAAAUUAAAAAGAUGUUUGGUGUCUAGUACUAUGUCUGUGACCCUAUAUGUCCUGUUGAUGAAGUUAGGUGCUGUUCUGAGCAUUAUUUGUGGCUAUAGAGUGGCGUUUUGGUUACGGUGUGUUUAAUUUUACUCUGGAUUAUCCCUUUAAAUGGGUGCUGCAGUUCUGGGAUGUUCUGGGUAGAUCACGUUGUUGUUGUUGUUGGUUUUCUAAAGUCCUCUCCGAUCCAGACUCGGGUUCUUCUUCCUCUUUUGUACCGGCUCUUCCUCAGACCGGUCUCUUUAUCUCUGUUUCCUGUAGUUGCCUCCAUAGAGCUUUUUCUUUUCCUGCCUGGUCUCCAUUCCCGCCUGUCGCUCUUUAUUUCCCAUGCCCACCCUGACCUCUCUGGGGGGAGGGCUGACAGACGGGGGGGGGGUGAUGAAGAGCUGAUGAAGACAUCAUUUCAACUCCGCACCCCUGAUCUGAUGCCCAAUGCUUCCAUGUUUCCAGGUGUCACAUACGCUGCAAAGGGCUACUUCGACGCUCUGGUGCGGAUGGGCGAGAUGGCCAGCGAAAGUCAAGGCUCUAAGGAUCUUGGUGAGUCCUCGUAGUGGCUGUAGCGCCCCUGGUGGGGUGGAGGGGGGUUGAAAGGGCAGAUGGUGAAUGAGAAAGCUCCUGCUGUAGAGAGGAAGCAGCUGAUGAUCGCACAUUUACACUCACACACACACACACACACACACGUCCUGGUUAUGAAACAGAGCGGCGCCCCCUGUCUUGUUUUUAAAGCCUGGUUCAUUUAAUCAAACGCUCUCUCUCAUUUAGGAAGAAUUAACUCUGCAUGUCGGUCACAGCGAGCCGCUCCCAUCAUCUCUUGUUGUCUCACAUUCAGCCUCUCCAGUCCGUCUCACUCUGAGCAAAUAAUGAGUUCACAAAUUUGUUUGGCAUUUGAUAUUUCAAACAGCACACAUUGGUGCUCUCUCUGCUUAAUAAGAGCUCAAUAUUUUCACUCCUGCUGCUGCUGCUGACAAAUCUGCCUGUUAGACCACGCUCCAGCAGGAUGUGAGGGACAAGUCUGCCAGAACCUCGGCUCGUAGAUCCACGACGAAUAUUCUCCUCGUUUGUGAAAAAAGAGAGUUUAUUCACGACCUUCGAGAGAACACAGAGGCCUCUGUAUCAAAGCAGACCUGCUCACAUGCAGGGGGGUGUGAGGAGCCGGCGUUAGUCCUGGAUCACUGCGUCCUCUUCCACGCUCUAACCUGAUGCGAUUGAAGAGAGCGGGCGUGGAAAGAGGAUGGAGGUUAAAACCGUGAGGAGUGAGGGGAUGUAAAAGCUGCGUUCAUUAUUCAUGAGGAGACCUUUUUGGGUUCUCCUCUUCACGUCUCCUGGAGCUGCUGCUUCAUCUCAUUCCCCCUCCUGGAGCUGGUUUAAGACGCUCAUCACUGUCCAUUUAGCUCCGGCUCCAUCAGUCCUACUGUAAUCUUUGUCAAAGAGACUUAAGAUCAUGGAUGUUCUCCUGCUGAGAGGUUCACAUGGUAGCCGCUGUAAUCCUGCAGCUCUUACAGAACAUACAAGCCUGUGACUCGUCUAUCUUUAGUGUUCAAUUAUUCAGACCCACCUCAGAGGAUUUUAGAGAAGAAGAAGAAGAAGAAGAAGAAGAAACGAGGCAGAUGUCUGAAAGUGUCUGACGUCAAAAAGUCAAAAACAGGAGAAGAAGACGUCGGGAUGGAAAUGAACUUUUCCAGAAACAGUUAUUACUUUAAUAAAGGAGGAUGAUACAGAUGUGUCUGCGUUAAUCUUGCUGUUGGACUUUGUUCACAUCAUCCUGUUCUGCAUCUCUUCUCCAUCUCCAUGGGCUCUGUCGCUCUGCCUCUCGUGUUUUCAUUUGUUGUCUGUCGUCUUGGUGCCUGUUUUUUCUGCUCCUUUGACUUCUUCUCCUGGCAGCUUAACCAUGACUCAGCAGCCCUUAAACUCGGCAGAGCCUCCCUCCGCUGAAACGACAGAGCGGGCUAAGCAGAAUGGAUUGACGCCGUCUCCGCGUAUCAGCGCGGCUCAGAGCAGCCGCGGUCUGUGCAGACGGAUGCGGAGGGAGACGCUCUCGCCCAGUUUAGCGCUUUUGCAUUUUUUCCAUUAGCGGCGUUGAGCCUCGAGCUUCACUUAAUCACCUGAGAAAAUGCAAAUCAGCAGGUGAAAGUCGAAGAGAGGAGGAACACGAGUUUUAGGAGGACUCUGAAAAUGUGACUGCAGGUUUAAGACAAAUCAGCCUGUCGGGAAACGAACUUGAAUACGACCUUCACUGUCGUUUUCAGGACAGACAUGUAACCAUAUCUUAUAAAAUGGACUUAAAGACACGGUCGACAGAGACAGAAGAUCCUGCGCUAGCUUCAAACAGGAUCCACCAUGUUGGAUUGUUAGUGACCAGCGGCAGUAAACGCCAGCUCUGACAGCGAGCGCCGUCUGCAGCUGCCGUGUUGACAUGUCAGAGACUAAUCAGAGUUAUUUAUGUAACAUGAGCCACGACUUUGUAGGAUGGUAGGUGAAGGUCCCGCCUUCCUUUGCCUCUGAUUGGCUAGAAGUGCUGGGCUCUGAUUGGUUUUUCCUGAUGGCUGUGAAACGUCAUCAUCUGUCGGGUCAGGAGACAGAAGUGUGAUACUGUUCUGUUCGAUGUUCAGAGCCGACAGCCCGAGUUUGGCCUGAGCGUGUGAUGACGUUUACAGCUUUUCUAGCCAAUCAGAGGCGAAGGAGGCGGGACUUUCCCCUACUGUCCGGGACGGAUGGCUCCCAUUGGUCAAUGUUUUUGCAGCCCUGCACCUGCUCGGGUGAUCGGAUAUUUUCCGAUCUUUUUUCUCUUCACUUUGUGGAGAUCGCACUAUAGGACCAUGAUCGCCAUAGAAACGAGGUUCAUAAUAAUUACCAAUCUCUCCAGUCGUCAACCAUGACUUUAAGUGUGUUUCAGGACAAAUGCACGAGGAAAUCAAAAAACACUGAGAGCAGAAGGUGGUUCAUUUAUCGGUUUAAAGAAAGGGUGAAAUACGUUAUUAACUGGAAACAGGCGACGGACAAAGAAAACCAAAAAGUAAAACAUGGCUGAACUUGGUGAACUUCACCAACGAUGAGAGGAAAAGUCCAGACAGGCCAAAAGGUUUUAAAGGAAGAGUCUGUUCACCUCAACAAGAGCUCAAAACAUCGCCGAAGGCCCGAGGACAUUUUCCAUGAAGAAAAACACUCAAGAGGGAGGGUCUCGCCAACUGCUGGACUACCGAACUAUUUCAACGCCACGAUGAUUCCCAGGCCGGAAAAAAAACAACACUCAACGGCGGUCUAACCUGCCUCUUUUCACCGUUUUUUACCCGAGCGUGAACCACAAAGACGGAAAUGAAACUGAUGAAAGUCGAGGGGCUGCAGACCGGAUCUUUGAGAACAAGGAUGGUGUGACUGGUGGUGUGUGUGUCUUUAGAGCCAGCACGUGUCUCCAGCUGUGACCAGAGCUCAGACCACAGAGCCGCAGAUAAUGGAGAGUGUGUGUGUGUGUGUGUGUGUGUGUGUGUGUGUGUGUGUGUGUGUGUGUGUGUGUGUGUGUGUGUGUGUGUGUGUGUUUGGCUGGGAUAAUCACUCACUCAGGGCUUUACCUCGCUCUCGAUAAUUGAUGAGAACUGAGCGGAGGUUCUAAAAAGUGGACAUCUUGUGAUCGGCGUUUAAUUGGGUUUCUGUUGAAGGGAAAAGUUUGAGUUUCAGAAACGAGGCGUCAGACUUUUUAAAGCGCUCCGACUCUGGGAGGUGUCAGGACCUUCCUCCCUGAAAUCACUCUCACUGUUCUCCCUGAAACCGUGUCAUUAAUCAGAGUGUUUGGAGGAAACGCAGCGAGGGGCUUUAGCGCAUGAGCGGGGGGCGGCGUGGAGCUGCACGUGACGGGGCUAAAUGAGGAGAGCUGCGUUUGAGAAAUGAAGCCUGAGGGAGGAAGUGAAGAACAUCUUGUAGGGUGGAGAAGCUCUGGACUGUUGAUAAAUGAACUUCAUUAGCGAUAUUAGCAACAAUUAAUACACACAAUCUUCUGUUCUCCUUCAGGGGGAAGCCGACAAAUCUGCUCCGAAGAAAUCCUUUUGUUUUCGUUUUCACAUUAAUUCCAGAUUUCUCACACAUUACAUUCGUUGUUCAGAGUCGUGAGAUUAAUGUGAAGAUCCAAUUAUUAUUUAUUCAGAUAAGAUCAGACUGAGUCAGACCAACACUCUCUCACGAGUCCAGAGUUUGUAAGUGUGUGGACUUCACCUGCAGUGAUGUUAGCGUAACUCUGCAGGUAUGCAGAGCAUCUGUCUCCGACUGAAACUGACAAACCGGUCCUUCCAGCUGCUGCAGGUUUAAUAAGACAAAGAGAGGAUCAUGCUGAGCUCUCCUAAAGAAGGGUUGUCCUUUCAGAGAGUGUGCACGCUCUCACCAUUAUUAAUCAAUACAUGGUUAAUCAAAGAUGAUAAAUAAUCUGUAUAUUAACCCUGAAUCUGCAGAAAACUGGAGGUUUUAUUGUCUGAUUUUGACCACAGGAUUCAGAAUUAUUCUUAGAACUUUUUAUUUUAGUCGGAAUCCUGAUUUUUAUCCUGGAAUUUUGACAUCAAAGUUGUAAUUCUGAGAUCAAAGACGGAAUUCCAUGAUUUUGAAUUCCGGAAUGAAAUCAGAAUCUGAAAUUGAUGUUGGAAUUGUGAGAUUUGAGUCAAACUUUGAGAUCAAAAUCAGGAUUCUGAGAUUCAGGUUUGAAAUCUCAGAUCAGAUGGAAUUCUUGGAAUUUAAAGAUUAAAGCGGGAAUUCUUCGAUCACUGUUAGAGUUCUUAUCUGGAAAUUGGAAUUAGAAGACUGCAGCAGAAAUUCUGAGGUAGAAGCUGAAAGUUUGAAACUCUCUGAUGAAAGUUGGGAUUCUGCAGAACUCUGGGAUGAAGGUCAGAUUUAUAUUAUUUAUUGAAUUCAGAUGAAAACUGGUAAUCUGGGAUUGAAGCCAAAAUUCUGAAUUUGAAUUUGAAGAAUUCUGACUUUUUGAUAAAAUACUGAAUUUAAUGUCAGAAUGCAUUUUUUUUCUGUAAAAUUCUGGGAUUACUGUCAGAUUUUUUUACCUUUUUUCUCAGGAUUCUCAGGAAAUUAAGGAUUUUUUUUAAUUUAUUUAUUUUAAAUGUUUUUUAUGUUUCUCAUCCUAGUGGCGUAAAAGUCCUCACAUCUUUAACGUCAUUCAAUGACGGCCUGAAAAAGGUUCUGGAGGGACAAACUCCUCAGGGCAUUAAGACAUUUAUCAGUCACUGCACUUAAACCUCAAGAAUCCAGAUUAUUGUUUUUACAUUGUUGGAAGAAUCUGGAUUAUUACAUUUACAUUAUUGCAUUUACAGUCUGGAGCUGUGAUGCUUUUCCUCAUAUCAGGGUGAACACUGAGCAGAACUUUCCUCAUAUUAAAGAAGUCAUCGGCUUGAUUCCUUCUUCAGAAACUUCUCGGCUGCUUGUGAGAUCCCAGUGUGUAAUCCAUCCUGAACACUGUGGUAAUUUGAUGACCCUCUUUGAGAAACAGUAGCAGAGGCGAGGAAGAGUUUAAUGAUACAUCUUCACACCAGCUCCCAUCCCCACAGUGAGAGCACACCCUCAAAAACCAGACGGAGAUAUUCUAGGAGGAAGAAACGUGAAAUUAGGAACCCAGAAAUAAACAAACACCUCCUCAUGGGGACACUUGUUUAUGUGGAGCCGCGUCGUUCAUCACUUCAACCACACAGGAAAAGGAAAUGAUGCCUCACUGCGUUUCAUUCAUUUACACAACCGUGCUGCUCGGCGUCCUGACUCCUGAGAUACUCUACGACUGCAGCGUGGAGUGUCAUCCCACUCAUUCGCUCCUCUUUCACUAUCGCUCUGCGUGUGUGUGAGUGUGUGUGUGUGAGUGUGUGUGUGUCUGCGAACACCCCCGCAUCGAUGUGGGAGCUCAGGCAGCCCCGGGAGAACACACCGACUCUGCACACACUUUCUAAAAAUAGAUCCUCCAUCCAAACGCCUGGAGUGGAGCUGCUUUGAAGGAGGAGGAGGAGAGAGGAGUACGGCGCUCGUUCCGCAGACCAAAAAUGGAUCGUCGGUGAUGUCAGUACCGCUGUAAACGUCUCUCUUCCGUAGACCAUAUAUGGACGUCGUUAUGAGGGAAAAAAAGGAAGCUCCUGCAGUUCCGGCGCUCCUCUCUGACCAUAUCGGGGCUCUGCCAUUCAGAUGCAAAUCAGGCAGAGGUGGAACUCAUUCAGGUCUGCGCUGAAGGAGGCACAGGCCGAGUGGAAAAACAUCCAUGUUGGCUUCACUUUACAUAAUCUGUGGAGGUAACCGAGUUCAUACCAGAGGAGUCCAGACCUUCACCUGUGUGUGUUUUAUAUAACUUCUACAGCAGCUCUCCAACUGCUCCAUCCUCUGCACCCUCUGCUGUUGUUUUCACUGAAUCAGAAUCAGACUCUGCAGCAGCAUGUAAGAGAGGAGAGUGAAAGGAGAUACUGUGUAAAGAUUAUUGUACAGACAAGAUAGAAAAAAUGAUGAUCAUGUCAUGAAGUUAAAAAGGUGAAAUGAUGAGAGAGUCCACCUUUCAAACAGCAUAAAUCACAUGAGUAAGUUCACUAGUAGACGCUCCUCCAGUGGAAUAAAUGUAAACAGAGAACCCUACAGAUCUCCUCAGUCUUAAAAUGAUAACAGAGUACCCUAUGGUCGCUCAUUUAGUGGGUAAAAUACAGACGAAGUACUAAUGAGGCUUUUUCACUGUAUUAUAUGUAAACCGAGCGCCCUGGGGGUUGCUCUGAUUGUGGAUAAAAACGUAAACAAAGCACCUUCUGGUUGCUCAUUGGCAGGACUGUGAACCUAAUACCCUCUAGUUUCUCUUUUUGUAGUUAAGAUAUAUACAAUGUUCCCUCUGGUUGCUCUACUAGAGGUACGUAAACAAAAAAUCUAAACAAAGUACUGAUUGAAUGCAAGCCUUAUAAAAAAUCUAAAUUUAAGAGCUAUCUGGUUACUCUAUCAGUGGAUUAAAUGUAAACAAAGAACCCUCUGGUUGCUCAUGGACAGAGCUGUGAACCAAAUUACCUCUAGUUUCUCUUUAUGUAGUUAAAGUACAUUCAACGUGCCCUCUGGUUGCUCGACUAGAGGAUCAAAUGUAAACAAAGUACCAAUUAAAUACAAUUCUAGUAAUAAAUACAAACUAAAGAGCCAAGAGGUUACUCUAUUAGUGCAUUAAAUGUAAACAAAGUACCUUCUGGUAGCUCUGUCAGUGGAUUAAGUGUAAACAAAUACUGAUUAAAUACAAUUAUAGUAAUAGAUAUAAACAAAAGAGCCCUCCUGUUACUCUAUCAGUGGAAUAAAUAUAAACAAAUACUGAUUGAAUACAAUUAUAGUCAUAAAUACAAACUAAAGAGCCAUCCAGUUAAUCUAUCAGUUGUUAAAUGUAAACAAAGUACCCUCUGGUUGCUCUGUCAGUGGAUUAAAUGUAAACAAAGUUUCCCCGACAACCCUCUCCUGAAAAGUUUGUCAGAUGUCGGUCUUUGGUUUGGACAGAUCCCUGUCUGCAGAUUUUCGUUUCAUUCUCUCUAUCAAAACUGUAAUUUAAAAACAAAGUCUCUUAUAAUUAAAAAAGUGUCUAAAUUAAAAGUGAAGCUGGAAUCCUCGUGAGCCGAGGUUCUCUGACAGGAAAAUAAAGGCUCCAGCAGAGACAUGUAAAUCAUCUCGUCACUCAGACUGUUUCUCACUCUCAGUUUUAUUCUUUUGAAAAAUCAAAACAGAGUCAAACUUUAAUUUCUUUAUUGUCAUGUAAGAAGUGAGAUGUUUCCUUCACACUGAAGUUACAAAUACUCCUAAAACAAAAAUGCAGACAGAGGCUGUUAGACAACUGGAAGUCUAACUGUCCUUUCAGCGUCGAACUGUACGAUCAGCAGAUACGACCUUUCCGUAGCCGUUCUGGAUACGGUGGAAAUUAGGGGUUAAUCCUGUCAGAUUGGCAGGUUGAACCAACUCGUCUCCAAACCAACACGAGCACCAACCUGGAACUAGAAAUCGCCCUAAAAUCCAACAGUGUCUUCUCUAACGGUGCGACUCAGAGUUGAUUCUGUAUUUUCUGUCUAACCUGAUGAAUUUGUGAAGUUGAUCCUCCUGAUUGGCUGCAGCCGUCUUUGUCUCCUGCUCAUCAUUAGCGUGAACACUCUUCCAACGAUGUUUCUCAUGUCUCAUUCUCCACUUUGACUCUAACUAUAUUCCCCCUCCAUCCCUCUCAUCUAACUCUCAUUAUUCGCUCACAUCCCCUCACCGCCGCGGGCCGAACACGCCUUAGCAUAACAUCCAUCUCAUUAAAACAAUUCCAGGUUAAUUCACAUGUCCAAAUCUGAGGUCCGUGAAACAAUUACCCUUUGGUUAAUUAAUUAAUGGAGGCGGUUUCAGGAGCGUGCCGGCCUCCGAGGCGGAUUCCUCCAGCUCAUUGGGUUUCCCUCUGAAGAGAAACAGGCUGUUAGUGUCGAUAUCACAAACGCCGUGAUGGACCGGGAGCAGAGAGUGUAAUUCUGCGGGGUCAGAAACACAAACCGUCUUCUCUGCGGUUUCAAACUCAUCAGCAGAUCUUCUCGUUUAAUUCUGUCCUCGUUUGUCUCUCAGAUAAUUACACCUCAGAAGGGAGAAGUGCUGCUUAAACCGCCGCUCAUGCUGCACAGCUGGACAAAGGCAGCAGCAGAAAUAUGAUUACUUUUCCUGGAAGCAGCGGCGGAGGAAACAGACAAUGAACGCAAUAAUAAACUCUCCUAAACAAGGACGGAGAAGCGGCGUCCUGAGCGGCGCUGAGACCGUUUGGGUCUGAUUGUUGCUGAGUCAUUCAACAACAACAACAACGUUCACGGCCGUUUCCCUGUAAAUCUCUAAAACUUGAAAUCUGGUGUUUCUCAGUUUGACAGAAAAGCGCUGACUUCUCCGUGACCCUCGUUCCCCGAGCCCACGCCGUCAGAAUUUCCCCCGAGUGUCAACCCCGAUCUGAAUUCAGCCGGCGUUGGCUCUGCGCAGAGGGAAACUGCAGCAGGAGCGGUCCCCCCCACCCGUCAUCUCUCACUAAAGAUAACAUUAUAAUAGUUCUCCCGCCCCCACUCUCAUUAUCCUACAGGGGGCGUUCUCUGCCGGUGCUCAGCCUUAAAAAGAUUGAUGGUGGCAUUUUAAAUUAUCAGUUGAUGACAAGUCUGCGAACAAAGUGGGACCUGAGGGAUGGUUCUGGAGCUGAGAUAAGACUGGGUUACAUAACGCUGAGGGACGCUGAUGUGCUGUCAGAAUACAGAGCGAAUACCUGCUCCAGUUUAACCCCGAGAAACACACAGAGGCGGAAAACUUCUGUGUGGAGGCGGACACGACCGUUUUCCUGACGCAGAGACUCGGACAUGUGAGGCGAGUGUUUAGAGGACAACCUGCAGAGUAACGACAGAGACUCGGACUGUGACGAUGACAGAGUUUACACUGAUGCUGCAUGAAAAGAGACGGACGUGCAGACGUCUUCACUGUUCUCUAAAUGUGGAGGGAGUUAAAGCGAAGAAAAAUACGACAUUUUAAGAAGGUGACCUCAGGAGAAAGGCUGACGAUGCAGACCCUGAAAAUAAGGAAGUGCAGCUCAGGAUCAGUGUUUGAGUUUCCUGAAGUUUGGAUUAUUUUGAAGGUUCCAGCAAAUAGAGAAAGUUGAGGAGGUGUGGUUCCAACAAAGGCUGCACCAUAUCGGAAAAAACUAACAUUUUUAGCAACAAGUCUUCAAGUUGUGCUGAGAAACGCAUGUCAGCCAAGAUGCGCACCGCUUAUAGUAGAGUGGUCAAAGAAAUGUACAAUUUAAAACCCAUAAAAUUCUUAUUUGUGGGAUAAACAGUGAUGAAGAAUGUUCCUAAAGUCAUUCUCAGCGUUUCUCGGCUCAACAUCGGCAGCGGCAGCGACUCACUCCAUGUGCAGGGGCGUGGUUUCCUCCUCUCUGAUUUUGAUUGAUGGCUGGCAGGAUAGUCUGAUUGGCAACUGAGUAAAGAACGAAUGUGAUUGGUGGAUCGCUGCACAGAACAUGUAGAGUCACAUGGAGAGUAUGUCAGUCAGCGACACUUCAAAUUAGACGAGUUCAUUCACCUCCACUAUCACAGGAUCUGACAUGUGACUAUCGCACACACGUACAUCGCCAUGACGAUGCUCAAAUGAUAUAUCGUUCAGGCCUAGUGCUUACUUCAUGCUGCCAAAAAAAGGACACAGUCAGCGCGCUGUUUUUUUUUAUUCUUUGUCUUUUUUUUUUUUACAUUAAAGUCACUAAAUGAAAAGAGUGGACAGAUCUGGUUUAUAACACCGAUUUUGAGGACCUUUGACAAGAUCAUGAUGUUAAACAAAUUCAAAACCGCUUCACCAACCUGAGGGGGACUGAAGGGGACGCCUCAGAAACUCACCCGGUCCUGCAGUGGUCGUGUCUGCGACGCACGGCUCCAACAAAGGGGGUUCGGUUUGUCACCUGCGGCGUGUGCAGUCGGGUAAACUGUCAGCUGACGGGCCUCUGCUCGCUCUGAUGCUCUCGCUCUAAAGGCCGUUAUGUCCGCCUGAGGAGCGAUUGAGCCCGGCGAAGGAUGAUGUACCCUGUGGUUAUGACACAGAGGGGCGUUCAGAGGGGGUCAGCGCGAGAGUCACACCAGGACACAGUGGACGGUGGACCUCUUUGACCUCAUGAUCAGGUCCUGAUCUAACGUAGAUUUAAUCCGAUCAGGAGUCAGAUUAUCAUCCAUCAUCGAAGCUUUAGUGACUGACUGUCUUUAAAACGCCACAGAUUCGCCAUUUUAACGUUUCCUGUUUCUGCCCUUUAGGGAGUCUUUGUCCUCACGCCGCCGCAGAGACGGAGACAUAAGAGUCACAUGAUGAAGACAGGGACGAGAGAGAGAGAGAGAGAGAGAGAGAGAGAGAGAGGGAGAGAGAGAGAGAGAGAGAGAGAGAGAGAGAGAGAGAGAGAGAGAGAGAGAGAGAGAGAGAGGGAGAGAGAGAGACAGAGAGAGAGGGAGAGAGAGAGAGGGAGAGAGAGAGAGAGAGAGACAGACGGAGAGAGAGAGAGACAGACAAACAGAGAGAGUGAUGUGUUCCCGGCUCAUUAGCGGCCUUCAGGCGGUCUGUGGUCAUAUCAAACCGUCACCGCCUACAGAGCGCGUAGACCCGAGUCCUCGCACUUUGAUCGCCCCCAGCCGUCAUCCGUCUUCACCUCCUGCAGCACCUGUCUGUCUGUCUGUCUGUCCGUCCGUCCGUCUGUCUGUCUCUCUGCUGCUCGUCUCCUGCCUGCGUUUCUUGUCUGUAUCUUGAGCGGCCCAUCCCUCGGCGCCGCGUCUUUCUGAGUGUCAGUUAAGUAACAAAGAGAGAUCAGGGAGGGAUUAUUACGUGGCGCCUGAAUAAAACGUCGUUUGCUUUAUAAAAAUGUCCUCGAGGUGUCACAUUGUCCUUCAAACGGGUUCGGCCAAACGGCGACUUAAUGAUGAGGAGAGCACUUCCUGAUCGGAGGCGAUCUCUCCUGAACGUCAACAUCAUCUCAGGAGGAAAAAGGUUUCCUCACCUGUCAGCUCCUGUCGUCUCAUUUUCACCUCGCCGUGGCGUGAAGCCGUCACGGAUCCUCUCACACUCUCCCCUCGGUUUAAUUGAAAUCUCGCCGUCCUCCUUCGCGGUCGUUUUCAGAUCAUGUUUUGACGAGGAAAAGAGGGGCAGAGAUCGACCAGCUGAUCGAUAACUUCUCCAAAACUGCGAACAGAAAUCGUUUUCAGGACAGAACCACGAGUUAGACGUUUGCACCUCCUACCCUCCAUCCUUCCUUCCUUUCCUACUUCCUCAGAGAACAAGCUGACAUUUAGACGCCCCGACACGCCCCCUUUGACGACGAUCUACCAUGACAGUCGGCCUCUCUUAUCGAUCUGCUGUAGCCUGAGGACUCGAUGUGGUUUGGGAUCAUCUGAAGGUCUUCCCUGAAGAAGUUCUGGUCUGGAUGGACGCAGAUGUUCCUCCUGGAGGACGUUCACUGACUUGAUGGCGUCAUAUUUCCAGGAUGAACUUUGCCUCAGUUUGGUCGAUACAGAAGCUCUAACUUCACUCUGUCAAAUCUGUUUUUGGGCGCUAACCUCGAUUCUCUCCUCGUGAGCGUUAAACCUCUGAACAGGAAUUAACGAAGGUCUUGUGAGUCUUUAAGAAACAAAAACAUGUUUUUUUUUCUCUUCAUUCAGGAAGUUUGUCAUAAACUCGAUUAAACUCGUACGUUUAGUUUCCGUUUGUCGACACUGAAGGGAAAUAACCGUCUCAGUCUGUGUCGGCGUUCAGCAUCGACCCGUCAGCAUCGAUCCAGACCCGCUCACGCUGCAGGGACAACAAUGUGCUUUUCUCCUCCGUAAGCCCCACAAGUUCAGAUCUGCUCUGAUUAUCAGUAAGCUGCUUUUCUUCGCUGGGUUAAAUUCCACUAUUUCACAAAAACGGUUUUUGGAUUAGACGAGUUUGGGGAUCUUCCAAAGCGCCGAGUUUGAUACUCAGGUACCUGUCGGGUGUUUACAACAGUUUGGAUCUGAUGAGUUCGGUUUUUGGCCGUUCCUUUUUAACAGCUGCUGAAGUCUGGGAACACGGCAACACCGCUAAAAACAGGUCAGACAGACAGGUAGACAGAAAAGAAGAAAAGAAGAAAAGAAAAGUCCGAUCAGAGGAUUUUAAACCCAAACUGUUGGUGGAAAUCAUGAAGAUUAGUCCGUAACGUUCAGGCUCGGUUAUCCGGGAUAUUUUAUAAAUGAAGUUUGACAAUCGAAGGUCAACUGAAGGCAGUUAUUGUAAAUCAUUUCUCAAACAGAGCAGGUUACCUUGUCCGUAAAAGGCCAGUAAAUGUAGAUUACUGUGUCCUAAAUGUCAAAACAGCGUCCUGUUUCCUCUCAACCCAAAUAUUUACUCCUCUCAACCCUGCCUCUCGUCAGCUGUUCUGUCCGCUAAAGAAAAGGAAAUAACCUCGUUAAGAUCACCAUGCUAGUAAAAUAUAAGAGCUACUAUCACAUUUAUGAACUCACUUAAAUUAACUGUUCUUCUUUCUCGUUAAACCGACAUCUGAACUCUCUAAAACCGACCUGAACGUGAAGCAUCAGGUCAGACUCUCCGGGUGACCUCAGACCGACCAUCUGCUCCUCUGAAGGGCGAAGAAAAGAGACGCGGACGCUGGUCUGUAACUGAACCCCGAGAAAGAAGAGGAGCGACUUUAAUCAGCCUGAGGACGAGAACAGCUGUCGUAAAAGUCAGAAAUGAUGACAAAGGCGGCGUUUUAUGGAGGCGAAAACGGCGCCUUAAGAUUAGAGAGAGGAAGGCUGUGAUCUGAAAGUCUGGGAUCAUGAAGGUCUUCCCUGGAAAAGUCUUUGUCUGGAUGGAUGCAGAUGUUCCUCCUAAACCUGGAGAUGUUGUUUAAAACUGAGGAUGCAGCAUCUAGGAUUUACAGUUCUUCGUUGGAGAAACGUCCCAAUAAGUCCAGUUGUCUUUUCCAAAAGAGAGUUUGAUUUUGAUCCAUCAGACUUCAGGACAGUUGGUGAUACUCUAGUCCAUCUACAGACGCUCACAGAUGAAAUAUCAACAAAAAGACACGCUAACAUGAAGAACAUGCAGAAAUGUUCAAAUCUGAAUAUUUUUGUACGAGGAUCAUAAACAAACUGAGAGGGUGAAAGUUCAAGACCACAGAGUUAAAAGUUUGAAGUUUCCUCUGGACUUUGUGUGAUUUAUUUGACUUGAAUCAGGAAAAGAAACUGAAAUAAAAUUAAAAACAGGAACAUGUUUAUAAAUUAAAAUAAAGAGCAGUUCAGUCAAAUAACCCCGUCACCUCCACAAAAACAGACUGGUACACUGAAUAAAUUCCUCCCACUCUCUGAUGUUAGUGUGUGUGUGUGUGUGUGUGUGUGUGUGUGUGUGUGUGUGUGUGUGUGUGUGUGUGUGUGUGUGUGUGUGUGUGUGUGUGUGUGUGUGUGUGUGUGUGUGUGUGUGUGUGUGGAGGGGCCUGAGUUCAGCCCCGUGGCCUGUCGGUCCCACUGGUUGUUCAUUAAUGGAUGGAGAGUGUGUUGGGCGCCCUCCAAGAAUCAAAGGGGAGUUUGAAAAAAACACGCCGCUGCAUUUAUUCUCCUCGCCGCUCCUUCUGCUGCUGUCACACACACACACACACACACACUCGUACACAAUCAGACUGAGACGCUAAGGCAGAUGACCUACCGCAUCUGUAGUGCACAUACAAGAAACACAAGUUAGUAAUCGACUCGUCAGGGCGACCCCACAAACAAGCGUCUGCUGGAAGAGAGUAGGUGAGUUGUGUUUAGUCUCUUUGCUAAAGAAAUGAGUCAAAGUUAAAAAGAUGUUUGGUGUCUAGUACUAUGGCUGGGACCCUAUAUGUACUAACCUCAAUAGAACAUGGUGUAGUUCAGUUCAGUAACAGAACCUCAUUGGAAAAUUAGCUGAUUUAACUUUACUGUGCUCUUGUUCAAAUAUAUUAACUCGACAGCACAUAAAUCCAUACCUGUUAACAAAAUCAUAAUUUUAUUGAUAAUUCGGCUCAAUAAAAACUCCUUUAAAAACUAUGUCUGUGACCCUAUAUGUCCUGUUGAUGAAGUUAGGUGCUGUUCUGAGCAUUAUUUGUGGCUAUAGAGUGGCGUUUUGGUUGAGCGCGUGGCUCUCUGUAUUUCUAUCCUGCGGUCGUUACUAAAGUUGGUGUAACUAGAGAAGUAAGCGGUCGACAACAUUCAUCUCUUUUCUGUGAAAUCCUCAAAUAUCUGAUGCUUUUAUUAAAGUAAAUCGUCUCUUUGGACUCUAGUGUGGAAAUCCUCCAGUGGAGGACCGGCUCCUCAGACUCAAAUCCAGGACUUAAGCUCUCACUUCCUCCGCCCUCUCUGACCUUUCCUAAAUCCCUUCUCCACCACCUGAGUCUCCCCUGCAUGACCACAGCACUUCCAUUAAGCCCAUUAAUCCUGUUCUUCAGUCUGCCCACUUUCCCAGCGUCCCCUCGGACUGCCCACUGUCCACAGAUCCUCCGACACUCACUCACUCACAGCCCCGUCUGUCCGCCCGUCAGCGUCAUCCAUGAUCUGAUGUCAGCAGACAUUCUGCAGAUGAGCGUCAUUAACGCACAUUAGCGGCUCGUUUGGAGUAAUUGUCAGUGAGCAGAAGAAGAUGAGUUUUAAAGACACAGACCAAAUAAAUAAAUAUAUCAGUAAUUCACACAGACUCAUGCUGAGGUCUGUUGAAUCUGAGGUUUGAUGACUUCCUCUGUUUAAUGUGACUAAUUAUUCUAACAUAUUGUUAAAAAUCACACCACACAGCUUUACAGAGACCUGAAUCAUAAACACUAAACCUCAUUACUCACUGAUUUGUUCGAUUUCUGCAGGUAUACGAACAUAGAGCUGGUAGAUCUGCUGGAUUCAGUGGAUUAUAUUUAUAUUUUUUAAUAAGUUAAACUCUAUAUGUCCGUUAGUUUAAACUGCAUUUAUAAUAUUUAUGAUUUUAUUGACCGUCUCUGUUGAUGGUGAAGGUUUGGGUUGACUGAAAAACUAAAAAAUGAACAUUUUUGCUCCAGAGCUCCAGACUCACACUGGACCUUUGAGUCAGAAAAUGAAACCUGAACUGAACCUGAACUUAAACUUGAACUGAAGCUGAACUAAACCUGAACUAAACUUGAACUUAAACUGAACUAAACCUGAACUAAACCUGAACUUAAACUGAACUAAACCUGAACUAAACCUGAACUUAAACUGAACUAAACCUGAACUAAACUUGAACUUAAACUGAACUAAACCUGAACUAAACCUGAAUUAAACCUGAACUGAAGCUGAACUAAACCUGAACUAAACCUGAACUGAACCUGAACUAAACCUGAACUUAAACUGAACUAAACCUGAACUAAACCUGAACUUAAACUUGAACUAAACCUGAACUAAACCUGAACUUAAACUUGAACUGAAGCUGAACUAAACCUGAGUUUUUCUCUCACAUCUUUAAUGAAGAACCCGGUUUCACAAAACCUCCUCACUGCUCAGUGAAAAACACCUGAAAAUCUCCUGUAUUGAAAUGUUUUUUAAUUAAACAGUUUUAUAAAUUUUAUUGAUAUUAUGUCAUUAUUGAUCAGAUCCCUGAUCAGUUCCUCCUCGUAAACCUUCUACAGAAACGACGACCUUUCUUUAAACUGAUAAAUGUUUGCUCACGUUUGUGUCUGAGGGGUCAGAUCUAGACGGUCACUGAAACCUGCUGAUGUGGCAGAACCAGAGUAGUCUUAGAAAAAGCUGCUGGUCUCACGGAGCGAGUGGAUUUUAGAGGAGGUCACUCCGUCCUGCUCUCUGUUUUCAGUUUUUUUGGUUGUAUUCCUCAGUGUCUUGGAUCCUGUCUCCUGUAUUAAGAGAACUGUUUAUAAUAUAGAUGUCUCAAACUGGUCAGAGCCGGUUCUGAUCCGGACUGGUUUACCAAUCCCAUCCCCAGUGACGUCGUUACCAUAGUGAUGCCGUUUAACAAAGUCCUGGACCUCCUGACCUCGUUUUUUAAAGCAGAUAAAAAGUCCUCCUCUGAUGAAGAUGAAGAUCCAGGAGUGAGGAAGAGGAGGGUGUGACCAACAGCCUGAGUGUCUGAGUGUGUAGUUGUUGUUGUUGUUGUUGUUGUUGUUGUGUAUCUGUGUGUUUCUCUCAUUUUUCUCGGGUAGUUGGAUCUCUCACUGUCUCUCCAGGUCUCUCUCUCUGUUCUUUGCUCAAACUAGUUCUUUUGUUCCUUUUUUUACAACGCAUUGCAUAUUCAGAAGAGGCAGCAUGUAGGUAUCUUCAAACAGCACGCUCCUCCCUGGCUGCAUGAAUCAUCUUUACUUUCUUCUUCUUCUUUUGUUUGAAUUUCUUUCUCUGUUUUUGCUUUCUCUGUGUUUUUUUCGUUUGGUUGUAGUUCAGCGUUCGUCCUUCUGCUCAGACGACAUCCUCGGUUUCCAUCCUGCUCCUCUGUCUCAUCGGUUUAAUGAAAACUUCAAAACUCUUCAGUCAUUCAGUAGAUUUCUGGAUUAAAGCUUUGACUCAUUCUGUCUCUGUUGCAUACUUCCUGUUUUUGAUUUGGACUCAGCUCCUGGUUUUGUCGUCUCAUCGUGUCCAUCGUGUCCUCCUCACACCUGUCUCUCAUCUGUUCUGUGUGGCUGCAUGGUCUUUUUUGCACGAUGUUUGUGUCUGUCUCUUGAACGUCCCUCUCUUCUUCCCUUUCGGCUGAUUGUCUCUCUCUUCUUUGUCGUCUCUCUGCAGGGGAGGUGCUCUUUCAGAUGGCUGAAGUGCACAGACAGAUCCAGAUCCAGCUUGAAGAGAUGGUGAGCAUGUGGUGACGGCUGCCGCCAUGGCGGCGGCGUUGCUAAAAUCAGCUCUUGGAACAGAUUGUGGGCCUGUUGGUUUGGAUAAACGCGCUCUCUCUCUCCCUCCCUCCCUCUCCUGUAUCUUUAAGUCUGAUCAGAUCAGAAUUUUAAAGCCACCACAGACCGAGGAACCUAAUGAGAAAAUUGGCCAAUUUAGCGAGAGCAUGAAGAGGAGACGUUUAGUCAUCAGAAAGACGACAGGCGGACGCCGAGUGUUUCUUAAAAGGGCUUUUUAACGGAGCGUCGUCUCAUCCUAACGAGUAAUAAAAGUUGGAGGGCAGAGAUGAUACGAUGGAAACACUAAAGUCGUGUUUUUAUAAAAUACAUUCAUCAUCUUAAACCUCUCAGGUUUUUAACAGGAAGCUCCUAAAUUUACAGAUCUGUUUUUCUCCAACAAACUCAGACUGAGCGCGCUCAGAAACAUACCAGCCCUCCUCCUGUGGUCUUCAGGGGCGUGACAUUUCCGAUCAGCACCGACACGCCCCUCUAAGUUUCCCCCACCACAACAAUACAGCAUUGUGAAGCUCUGCUCUGUGGUUGUGCUUCAGUUUUGUUCUUUUUUUAAUGAGUCGUUUUGUUUCUGAGAUGUUUGUGUUUUUAUUUUCUUCAGCUGAAGUCUUUCCACAACGAGCUGCUGACGGAGCUGGAGAAGAAGGUGGAGCUGGACGCACGCUACCUGAACGUAAGACCACAUUUCUCCUGAACGCUUAGAGAAAGAGAGAGGAGAGCAGGGAGAGGAGCAGAAGGAGGAGAGGAGAGAGGAGGAGAGGAGAGGAGAGGAGAGGAGAGCAGGGAAAGGAGAGCAGGGAGAGGAGCAGAAGGAGGAGAGGAGAGGAGAGGAGAGCAGGGAGAGGAGCAGAAGGAGGAGAGGAGAGAGGAGGAGAGGAGAGGAGAGGAGAGCAGGGAGAGCCAAGUCAUUAGGUUAUAAAGGAGGUCAUCUAAAAUCUGGUCUCAAACUUCUGUAGAGACGAGUUUAAAGUAGCAAUUUCCACCGCAUCCGGAACAGCUCCGAUCCAGAAUGGCGGCGAUUUUCCCCGUCCGCCACCUCCUACUAGAUCCGUUUGUGAGGUGAAUUUCAUGGCGGAUUACGGACAGAGGUAAUCACGAGAACUCACAAGAACCCGCUGAUUCACGUUCAAUCUCACGAUAACGAUUUGUCUCUCUAAAGACAGACACAUAGACAUAUAAGCAGUAGAUUGUGUCCUUCCAGAGGAGGAAAUCUACUUCUAGACUUCUAGAAUCAGCAUCUCCUCAUCCAUGGUGUCAUCGGGGUGAAAUGACGUCUAAAAACCUUUCACUUGUUCGUCUCCGCCCGUUUGCAUGAAAAUUGCCAGUAAGUAACAAAUGCAUGUUGACAAUCAAGGGCGUGGAAUUGGAUAGAGACACUAGGAACACGUCCCUACCAAUAAUCAGCCACUAGCUCCUGGCUGGCUCGCCACUUACAUGGUAGAUUUCAUAGAUGCAAAGGUGCAAAAGCUGGCAUGUUUUAUUAGUGUUUUAUUUUGAAAAGAAGCCGGAUGUUGAAUGGUUACGAUCAGCUACGAUCGGAGGAUACGAUCUUUUCGUAGACGAUCAGGAUGAAGGUGGAGGUUUGGGGUUCAGAUCUCCAACCGCACAGUUUUUAUCUCACUCUGCAGCAGAUCUAUGAUAGAUUCCUCUCAUCUGUCUCUGAAUCAUUAAGUCUCUCAUCACUCCAUAUCUAAGCUGGUCUAAGGCAGGACGUCAGUGAAUCCUGAAUGGAGUCCCACAGGGCGCUGUUCUCUGUCCUACACUGUUUUCUAAUUACAUGCUCUCUCUCUCUUGAACCUUCCACUGAAAAUAAGAGAACAAACACUCAGACUGACACGAGUCUUUUGUCUAAAUGAUGUGGUUUAGUUGACUUUAUCUGCAGCUUAGCUUCUGUGUGGGGUGUGGAGCUGACCGGCGCCUCCUGUGGGUAAUUCGCUCACUCUUGUUCUGAACCUCACUUUAAAAAAAGCAGAACUAUCCCUUUAAUAUUUCAUGCUAACACAGCGGUUUAGUUUCAUAACUCCAUCACUGAAGUUCAGGACUGAAGCAGCUCUAACUUCUCUCACAGACCGUCGACCUCCGUUUGAAGCGCCCGUCAUAAUGACACCUAUUUCCAACUCCAGGGUCUGUUAUGAAACAGCCCACCUGACCCACUGAGCACCUGAACGCAGCACCGAUUAUAACCCGGGUCCAGGUCUGCAGGGUCUACAGUGAGACACUCUCUCUCUCUCUCUCUCCAUAAUUUCCCUCCGGCUCUCCUCCAAACCUCUGCAGCGAGUUACAUAAAACGCUUCCCACUCUGGCCCGAGAAUUAUGAGUCAAUCUGAGAAAAUGAGUUCAUAUGCAAACGAGCAAAACAAGAGGGAGAAAGACGAGGAAUCAGCACGUCUUCAUUUAUGCUGAUCAGUUGUUUGGAGUCGGUCCUGAAAUCAUUUCAUAAUCCAAACGGAGGACGGAGCGGCGGCUUCAGGAGCCAAUUUCAUGUUUUUUUAAUCGAUUCUGCCAAAAAAAUGUCGUUUUUUUUUUAAUCUGCUGAAAACCGUUCAAUGACAUCAUUUCUCAAAUUUGCAUAUUUUCACGUUUCCUUCAGUUUUUGUUUGUCAUGAGCCGUAGAUCCUGCAGCACAAAGAGGACACGGUGUUCGCUCUGCUGCGUUUACAUCCGUUCAACAGUUACAGAGCAGCGGUUCGUCAUUUUACAGUUUAGUCGGAGGGAAAAAUCCUAAAACCGGAUCUGUUUUAUUUCUAAAGUUUUAAAGCCUUUGUAGAUCGCCUGCUUAGUUAUUCCGUCUAAUAGAGAGAAAAACAUGCCAAAUAUUUAAUGUGCUGUUUCAUAUUUCAGAGCCAAACUCUUAAAGUUCAGAGAAACACAUGAAAGAAAAAAACUUCUUAAAAAAACAGGAAAGAUCUUCACACAGCAGGGAGAUAUCUGAAGGAGGCUGUUCCCUCAAACCCUGUCCUCCAUUUUCAGUUUGUUUGACCCGCCAACAGCUGAGCUGACAAACAGAGAGGAAAAGUUCUCAAAUCUGCAGACUCCAGAGACUCCUGAACCAAAUCCACUCCAGAAACAUGAACUUAAAUAUUCUUUUAAAUCGACUUUAAAUUCAACAGCAGGAAUCUCCGCUCCUCAUGCAUCCUCAUACUCUCAGAGUGAGAUAAUAGAGUCUGGGUUUAUCAGUGACCUUUCUGAGCGUGUCUGAUCCCCUGCUGACUGUGUGCUGCCCCCCUCAGGCUGCACUGAAGAAGUACCAGAUGGAGCACAAGAGCAAAGGGGAGAGUUUGGAGAAGUGCCAGGCCGAGCUGAAGAAACUGCGCCGGAAGAGCCAGGGCAGCAAACACCCCUCCAAAUACGGAGACAAGGAGAUGCAGGUCAGUCUGUGUGAGAGUGUGUGAGUGUGUGUGUGACCGGACUGUAGUGGACGAGUGUGUGUGUGUGUGCAGGAGCAGAGGUGUGUGUUGUUUUCACCUCUAAUGCUGGGACUUUUUCAUGGAUCAUUAUCGAGUCAAACAGACGCCUCAGCUGGAAAAUCACUGCAUCAAAUUAAAACAUGACAAAACAUUAACAGCAACCAGAGCUCAGGAAAUACGACAAAAAUUAAGCUUUUUGUGAUAAUAAUGAUAAUAAUUUAUAAUAAAAAUAGUAAUAAUAAUCGAGAAAAAUAUAAUAAUAAUUCAGAACAACUACAUAUGAGAGAACAACAUGAUGUAAUAUAGGAAUAUACAAUCUGAGACCAUAUGAUACGAUCAAUAUAUUACGAUAUGAUAUAAUGCAAUAUUAAACUAAAUCAUAUGAUACAAUACAGUACAAUAUGAUACGAUAUUAUACAAUAUGAUAUGGAAAGAUAUGAUAAUAAUGAUAACAAUCAGAAUAACAACAAUAAAAAUAAUGAUAAUUAUAAUAAUAAUAAUUAUUAUUAUUAUUAUUAUUGUUAUUAUUUUUAUGAUUGUUGUGAUGAUGAUGGUGAUUAUUAUUAUUAUUAUUAUUAUACGAUAUGGUAAUGAUAAUAUACAAAAAUAUAGGAUAAUCAUAAUUAUCAUUAUAUCUUUUUUUAUUAUAUGAUAUGAGAAGGUAUAAUAUGUUACAAUAUGAUAUGAUAAUAAUAAUAAUAAUAUUUCUAUUAUUGAUUUAUAUAGUAUCAUAUUAAACUGUAUUAUAUCAUACCCUAUCAUAUCAUAUUGUAUCAUCUUGUAUUAUAUUGUACCAUAUUUUACUGUAUUGUGUUCUAUUGUAUGGUAUCAUAUCUUAUAUUAUUGUAUCAUUUCUUAUCAUAUCACAUCGUUUCAUAUCAUAUACUGCUCCCUAUAUUAUAUCAUGUUGUUCUCUUGUAUGGAGUCCUUCUGUAGUAUUCUUGUAUUUCUCACCAUCAUUGUAGUAUAUUUUACUUUCUCGUAUUGUUUCCUGCUGUCGGUUCCUCCUCUCAUAUAGAGUAACUCUAGUAUAGAUCUACGAUGGUGUGUGUGUGUGAGAGUAAACAAAGGAACAAAGGAAAAGGCGGGCGUAUCUGAACCUCCGUGUUUACUCGGAGUUUGAAAACACUGACUCUGAGACUCUGCCCCCGUGACUGCGUCUGUUUACUUCACUCUGAUCUUCUUCAUCAGCGUCUUCUCUCUGUCAGGAUUAUUAUAUCAUAUUUGUUUAUCAAAUCUAGGACAGCUCAAUGGUUGAGUGAAGCUUUCUCUCUCAUGUCGAGUUAUCUGCUCGAGCGGAGGCGUGAGGAGACAGUGCGAGUCUCCAUCUGACGGCGCCCACGCCUGUAGGUGUAGCGGUGACACAUACUGGGCGUCGCCUCUUACACAACCUGCAGAGGAGAAGCUGCUGCUGCUGCUGCUGCUGUUGUUUUCAUUAUGUGAUUUCUGAUAAAUCAGAUCCUCUCAGCGGAGCGACGCAGAGUUUGGGAUGUUAGUUGUUGUCCUUGAGUUUGUUGAGUUUUCACCUGAAAAUCUUCUCAAACGCAGAAAUGAAGAAAUGAAGAUCUCAGAUUCGGACUGAAGACCCGGUGGACCUGUGGGCCUGCAGGGCCUGUUUGUUUCAGUGUCACUUUCCUGGUUUUCAUAUGAAUCAGAAACAGCCGACUGUGAAAACUCGGUCUGUGACUCAGACUCAGCCCGUGUUGUUGUUCUAUUUCUGCCUCGUCAGCAGGACUCCCAUGUAAGUGGAGCUGCUGCAGGAAGGAUGGAGCUUCAUCCUCUCAUCUGCACCGACCGACCAGGAAACAACAUUAAAACACAAAAUCAAGAUUUAGAGAGUCCUGAUCAGAGUCUGGAUCUGGAUUAUCUACAGAAAAACGACAAGUUCAAGAAAAACUGGAGUGUUCAGAGGAGAGAUGGAGACGGAGGUGAAGGAGGUGAAGGAGGUGAAGGAGGCAGCAGCAGCUCGGGCCUGUCGGAGCAGCAGGGGAGCUAAUCUUUGUGUAAUUGUUAGUGUUUCUGCGCUGGAUGGCUGCCGGAGCAUGAGAGGAGCAGUCGGUACAGAAAUCGAUGGAAGGAGCCGAGAGGAGCUGAGAGGAGCUGAGAGGAGCUGAGAGGAGCUGAGAGGAGCUGAACACAAACGUUCAGACCUCAGUCCUGCAGACCCCCGGGGCUUUAAGGUGUUCGCUGAGAGAGAGAGAGAGAGGACAGUUCUGCUUUCUUCUCUGCAGCGUCUCGACCGUCCUGCUGUGCCUCAUAAGGGUCUUGGCAGGACCAGCAGACACACAGUUCAGCGAAGAUCUGCCUCCAUGAUCUCCUCCCAGCAUGCCGAGUUCUCAGGGUGCGUUCAGGGUCAGCAGAGUAUAGACAGUAUAGAUGUUCGCUCUCUGUCCUCCCACUGUCCAGCUCCUAAUGAGGUGCUGCAGCAUAGAUACGCCUCAGCAUAGAUCCUCGUGGUCAGCGUUCGCUCCUCCUGCUCAUGAUUGAUGUUAAUAUUAAAGUCAGACUUUUACAGCGGCGUCCCUCAGGCGCCAUAAAGUCCAAACUGCUGCGUGAGCACAGAGCAGCGUCUGAUAAAUCUGCUGCUGAAGAUCGUUGGAGAUGUUCGUCUGUGAAUGAAGGCGAUGAUGAUGAUGAUGAUGAUGAUGAUGAUGCAGCAGAUUCUCCUUCUGCUGCAGGAUCUUAAAGUCCAGGUCGACGAUCAGAGAAGCAGCUGAUAAAAACUGAGACGAUGAGGCGGGUUUGAAGAAAACGUCCUGAACCUGUACCGCCCUCCCCAGGACACGCCCCCUGAACCUGUACCGCCCUCCCCAGGACACGCCCCCUCUGACAGAAGAUCCUACGCUAACUUCAAACUCUGCUUUUUCCUCUUUGUGGCGAUCGCACAUUAGGACCACGAUCGCCAUGGAAACGAGGUUCAUAAUAAUUACUAACCUCUACAAUCGUCAACCGUGACUUUAAUAAAAACUAAAGAGAAGUAAAAACAGCUCCAGAGAGAUGAAGACGCUCCUGAAACACCGACAUUUCUCACAGACGUGAGGAUCGACCCGUUUUCCGAUCUUCGUGUUCUGAUCGUCUUUGACUCUCCGACUCCUGCUCAGACUUCACAUCACUUCAGAAAUCUGGAGAUAAUUUAUCAUCUCAGAGGUCCAGAGUGUCUGAAGCGUCUGUGAUUCACUCCUGUCGGCUGAAGUGGUUUUAGAAGAAGAAGAAGAAGAAGAAGGAGGAGGAGGAAGAGGAGCCGUUCCAUCGUGAAUCUGAAGGUUUGAGUGGGAGAGAAAUAAAAACGGUUUUAUUGACUUUCCUCUAAGUGAGAUCUCCGCCUGUCGACCUGCAGCGGUUUACUCUCUCCUACAGAAACGUUGUCAGGAGGUGUUUCUCCGACAGCGGCUAAAUUUAACGCUGAACCGCCUUCGUUUGUGGUUCCUGCUGCGGUUUCAGCUCCUGCGUGGAGAAGAACGUGUAAUUAUCAUCUCAUGAUCUGAGGAAGGUCAGCGUGAGAGUUUGGAGAACCUCACAGCUGGAAACAUCAGGAUGACAAUAGAACAGGUUCUUCUUCAGUUUGAGGAAAGAAAGGACGAGUCUGAGGCAGGAAGAGCUUCAACCUGAGGUCCAUCUUCUUCUCCUUCUUCUCCUUCUUCAGUUUCAUUAAAGUCAUGUUUCAGUUUUCCGUGGACUGAGAUAUCUGAGGACCUCUGAGUCGUCUGUAAGAAUCACUUCCUCCUGAGAUGAUGAUUUUCUCGCUCUCUCUCUCCAGCUGACAGAGAUCUUUAGAGAUGGUUAACUCAAUUGUCUGUUUUUACUUUCAGUUAUUUCUCUUUUUCUUCUUCUCAGCACGAUGGAGUCAAGAUGUCUGUCAGUUUGAGGAGUUAGGAGGAGGAGGAGGAAAGUCUGAAUUUACUCGGUUUGUUGUGAUUCCUGACAUACAUGAGCAGGAUUAUGUUUCAGUUCUCUCCGUGUUCAGAGCCGUUCCUGCAGAUUAGUGUUUUUGAGUUUUUCUGAGAGUCGAACCCCGGACCUCUCUCUCUCCUUUACUCUGAUGAUUCCGUCUGUCCUUCAGACUCUGCAGGUUGAAUCAGGCUGCAGAUCUGAUUUUGGUGUUUUUUGAUCUCAGAUGUACAGAAGAUGUUUUUGUUAAAGAAGUUCUGAGUCGUCCGCUCAGACUCUCACACCUCUGCAGAGAAACGACGGUCCAGAGGAAGUGGAUCUGGUUGCUGACAGGCUGGUUUCUGCUGCAGGUCAUCGAGCGGCGCCGCUCUUUCAUAAGCAGAUUAAAAAAAAAGACAAACCUCUCAUCGUGUCACGCCGUCUCACAUUUAUGUUUAUCGAUUUACAAACCCGACCUGCUUCUUACUCAGCAGAAGGUUUUUUUUAAAUGUGAAAUCAAGUCAAUAAAUCCUGAACACAGCAGCAGCAGAACAGGCCGCACAUGUCUGAACUGCUGAGCGCGCUCAGUGUCAGCAGAAACCGACGGCGGCGUUUGACCGGACUGACGCUCAGAGCGAACAGCUGAUCAUAAAACAGGAACUGGAAACUGUUCGGUGUUUCCAAUCCGAUCAAACUUACAGAGAGAGACGUCGUGUUUUCAGACGGGUAAUAGAACCGACUCAGACCCACAAUGCAUCAGCACCCGCCUUCGCUCUAGCUCCACCCUCUGUUGGCGGUCUGUGCUGAUGCUCCCCCCGCCUGUUUUUAACUCUCUAACACGUGUCGAUCCGCCUGAUUCUCAUCGACGGCUGCUCAGUUAAGGUGAAAAUUAUAAUCUGGAUUAUUUUGGGACGUGGUCAGAAUCACAGCUGAUGGUUAAUCCCAGCUGGAGCCCAAACAAACUUUAAUCCCACAGACUCACCUGGAGAGGGGAGGUCUGCUGAGGUCAUCAGGAGCAGCCGACUGUAAAGAGGAGGAGAAACUCAGAGUUUGUUAAACUCACAGUCGGUUAAUUUUUUAGACAAAGUCCGUCAUGCUCUUAUUUUGAAGUCCGUCACUUCCUGUCUCUCUCUCUGUGAAUGAAGCUCCGUCAGUUCUCCUCUCUGAUUCCUCUGACUCGGUGUUUGACAGCGCCUGUUCUCAGAGCUCACAGGAGCUUUCACUGAACCCCUUUAACCAGCUCCAAUCACGGACAGGAAGCAGACAGGCCAACAAAGCGCCGCCGCCGCCGUCUCUUGAUCCGCCUCUUUAUUUCACUCUGAUCAGAUUUUCUGUCGACUUCACAAAAAUAAAGCGCUCCCAGCGUCACUCCGCCUGAGUCCUUGGCGGUUUCUCCCUCCUCCACGUUGGUGAUUGACAGCUCCCCUUCAGCCCACCUGACCCCGGGAGGUGACCCCGCCGACCUCGCUCAGACCUGCGUGUUGUUUGUUUACCGUGGGCGCCCUGAAAGCCUCUCCAGAUCUGUCAUUUGAAUGAAUCACAGGUGGCCUUCGUCUUCCUCUGCCGCCGCCGCCGCAGCGCCUCCUUAUUCAACGCUUCAACGCCGUGGGUGAUCGGGGAACGUUGCGCCAUUGUUCGCCCACGUCCAGGACCUUGUUUGGUUCUUUGAAAUCUCUGCUCCGGAGAAUCAUCCUCAGAUCAGAGACGAGGGUUUCCUUGAACUCCUCGUUGAGAAGGUCGGAAACUGGGUUUGAGAAUAAAAGUUUGUGAGAUUCAGCCCGUCGUCUCCGUGAUCGAUCGAUCGAUCAGAGGAGUCAGACCUCCUUUAACACAGACGAACUCAGAGCAGCUGUGAAGGAUGGAGAUGGUUACAGGUGAUUUAUUUUUGACAUGUUUAGAGUUUUAUGAGUUUUGAUCAUAAAAACUGAGAAAAUUCAGGGAAAUCAUUGAUCAACCAGGAACUUUCUCUUCUUUAUUGAUGAAGUAUUAGCCCAUAAUCUCUCAUAUCUCAUCAUUGACUCCCCGAAGAGGUCUUCUCUUCCACCUUCUCACAACAGACUGAGUCUUAAAUAGAAAUCUGAACGUAUGUCAGAAAACAGGAACUUUGACCUGAUCUCUGUCGUGUUUUUCAGCAGUUAAAGUUUUUAUCGUCUGAAUCUCUUCACCAAUCUGAUCUUAAAUCACUUCAAUCUUCCCUCCAACAACAACAACAUCAUUAUUAUAAUAAUAAUAAUUAUUAUUAUUAUUAUUAUUAUUAAAUUUACUGACCAGUUUCAGGUCGUUUGGUUGAAAUUGUUCUGUGACUGUGAAACAUGAAAACUGAGACGUUAAAAUGAUCAUUUUUACCGAACGACCAGAUUUUUCAGAGAAGUGUUUCUACAGUUCAGAAUAAUUCUGUAUGAUUGGAUAAGACAUGAGGUGAUUUAAUUGGAUUUCAGUAAAACUAAAAAGAACAGACACGACAGAAAACAUCAAGAUGAAAUAAAUAAAAGCAGGUAAAAAAAAAAAGAUUUAAAAUGAAAUAAAAACACAAAGUAACAAAAGUGAUAAAAGAGAUCAGACUGAACUGUCCUGUUGAAAUAAAAGGAAUAAAAAUGAGUUUAAAGACGAGAUUUUAAAGUAGAAAGAGUGAAGGAUGUUUUCAGCUCUGAUACCGAAGAACAAAGUUCGGUUAAAACAUCAAACAUCGGACGUCGAAGAGAUGUGCAGAUCAAGUCGGUAUCGGGUCGGUCCGUCAAAGAACACAUCUAGACGUCAGUGCGACGUGAAAAAAAGUUUAGAUAUUUCAACGUCCAAAUUGGACCUUUUUUAGACGUCGCUCUGACGUUUAGAAUUUGGACGUCAUCUGAAGAUCAAAUCUAGACGUCGGCACAACCAAGGUGUGGGCCUCAUUAUUGGACCUCUUUUAGACGUUAAAUCGACGUCCACAUUUGGACCUCAUCGUUGAAAAAAUAUGUUGAAUAGAUGUCAUUUCGACGUCGCAGUGCGCAGUAGAAUUCAUCAAUAAUAAUCAAUAAUAACUGAUCAAUUUCAUAUUAACAGACUCUUUUGGCAGCAGCUGGUCUGUGUAGAUAAUAAAAAAAAACUUUCCAAAAUCUGAAAUAUUAAAAAGAACAAAGAGUGAUUUUUUUUUUUUAGACGCAGUUUUCUUCAGUUUAUUUUGACCGUUUGUGUUUUUCUCUCAGAAGUUUGAUUCAUAAAUUCACAGAUCGUCUCUCGGUGCAGAAAUCCUCUCUAAUGAAUGCAUGAAUGUCCUCAUUAAUGACUUCAUUAGCACCUCUGUCUCUGCACUGAUUGGUCCUCUGGAUGAGAUAACUCCUUCGUCUGAAAUCACUCACUUUGGUUUCUGCACCUUGACUCCGUCCUCUGCAGAGACGGCGUUCUCUGAUCCAGUCAGCCGUGUUCGAUGACGCCGCGUAGGCCCGCCGCUCUCUCACUCAUUAACACCUUUUUCUGGAUCUGGGCGCCGUCUGUCACUUCACGACGCUGGUUCAGAUUAUUCCGCUCUGUAGAAGUCUUUAAAUACUCUCAGUUACAGGAGGGGACCUGAGGACGAAGGUGAGCUCACCUGGAGGAUUGUUCAGAGGAGAGACGACGUCCUGAGCUGAGUCACCGCAGAAGAAGAAGGAGGAGGAGGAGGAGGAGGAGGAGGAGGAGGGAGUGAAGGAGUCUGAUCAGAGGAGAUAAAGAGCUCCGUCAUCUGAGGACACUUUUGUUCUAAUUCACGGUUAGCGGCUCUGAUGUGCGCUGACAUUUUCAGAGCCGAACUCAGCAGACGCUCAGACUCCGAGCCGUACUUAAACCUCCAUUUGUCUGUUUUUACCCGUCAGGACUGUGAGGAUGUUCAACGCCUCGAUCUGCUCCGUCCUUCUGUUAAAAUCAGUCAGACUCUCUGUUACUGUGGCUCAGGGGUCUGAAGGGUCGAGGGUUCGAUUCCUCAGACUGUUUCUGACGGUCAGUCCAGAUCCAAGUUUGAGAGCUGAGUGAAGGUCGGAGACUCUGAAGAAACGAAGACGAACUUUUUGGCCUGAUAGAUACUUUAAUAAAACUUCAUGUUCCUUUUGACUAAAAUCAUUUAUCACUCAUUUAAUAAUAAUAAUGUUAUAAUCAUCAUGACUUCAGCUGCACUCAUGAAAUAUGAGUUUGUUAAACUAACAGGAUAAACUUCAUUCAGAAAUCCUUUUUCUAACCGCCUGUUUUCUUCCGUUUCUCUUUAACGGCGUGAACACACACAGCUCCAUGCUCGGCUCGUCUCCUAAAGUCUGAAGGAAGUUUCUGUGAAGCUGCAGAAAUGUUGUUUUCUAUUCAGGAUACGACAGCAGCGUUAUAAGAGCAUAUGAAUCAUGCAGCGUUUCCAUGACAACGCCAUAUAUCAGAGUUUGUUUGAGGUUGAGGAGAUGUUUUUUUCUAAAGAGGUGAAUUUUGAUGAUGUAAACGGUGAGACCAGGAUCCAGGUGAGGAGGAUUCACGGUGGACGGAUUUAAAGUCUGAAAGUUUGAGGGCCUGAAGUCGAACCGUGUCAGCGUGUCUUUAACACCGCCCUCUCUCUCUCUCUUCUUUACUGCAGUACGUGGAGGCCAUCAGCAACAAGCAGAGCGAGCUGGACAACUACAUCGCCGAAGGCUACAAGAACGCUCUGUCUGAGGAGAGGAGGAGGUACUGCUUCCUGGUCGACCGCCAGUGCGCCGUCGCCAAAAACAGCAACACCUACCACGGCAAGGUGAGCGAGAGAGACGCCGCGAGACCGCCGUUUCUUUACCCUUCAGUUUGUGACGUUACUGCGGGGCGAGAUGAUCGAUUUACUGCUGCUCUGGUUAACCCUUCAAACUCCCUGAUAUGUUUUUAAAAAUCUCAGUUAAAACUUGAUCCUUUCAAUCACAGCAAAUAUAAACACAUUAGGAUUGGAACAAACACACAACAGGAACUAUUGACAUAUUUACACUCAUUCUUCAGGUGUUUUUGACUAUUUACAGUUGUUUCUGGGAUGAGACAGAGGACCACAUCAGACUGCUCACAGUCUCUGCUUUACUUGUUUCCAAACAUUGAGGAUCAUUAUUUCUUAUUUUACAGACAAACAGGGAACUUUCUUGUCUCUUAUUGGACACUAACGUCAAAGGAAAGAUAGAAGCUGAGAGUUAAAGAGCUUAGACCUGAUCUUUGCAGGAGAAGAUGAGGGCCAAAGAGCUUGGACCUGAUCAAACAGACAAACAAAUAAACCUGCAUUUAUUUGACCGAGGGAGGAAGUGCAGUUUAUGAAUCUUUAGGAUCCGGUUCACUAAGAGUAUGAGAAGAAUAUGAGACCAUGUAAUUGGUUUGACAGAAAAAGAUGUCAUCAAAACGGCUUGUCAAACCCAGAAGAUAUUAGCGGCAUUUAGCGAUUAUUGAUAAAUAAUCCUGUUUUCACCGUAUAUCACUGCAGAUUUACCAUCAAACGUCUCUGAUCAAACACCUAUUUUUGUGUCUGGAUUGUAAACCUUGUAGCAGGUGUAGAAAUGUCUGGAAACCCUCGAUAGAUCACCAAAAGGGUAAACUAUUGAAGACUUUUAAUCCCGUAGAGAUACACGGUAUAGAUGCUGAGAAACUGGAAACUAUAUCGACGGCGGGGUUUGAAGUGUUGAACACGACUCCAGACUAUGAGGUGUCACCUUAAAACCUAAAACCUCAUGUUUGUUUUUUCUGUAAACUCCCUGGACAUCCGUCUUUUUCAUUUAUAAAAAUAUUCCACAGACAUAAAAACCUCCAAGUGUGGAGGAAGGUGCAGGUUCGAGUUUCUGUUCUGCAGGGAAAAGUUCUGAUUGGGCGUCAGGACUUCUCCUCUCUGUAAGAGUUUCAUAAUCUCCGAGAAAUGAAGAAGGAGGGCAUUUCCCACCCACACGCCCUCCUUCUCGCCGGGGAAAUGUGAGGUGGUAAAAGGAAGUGAGAGCGACGGAGAAUGGGAGAGGAGGAGGAGGAGGAGGAGGAGGGUGAAGUGGGGAGGCAGCGGGAGAGAGAGAGAGAGAGAGAGAGUGACCUACUUCUGUAAGAACACUGGGUGAUCAGACUCGGCGUGUGUGGGAGUGAAAGUGUCUGAAUGAGUGAUUGAUAGACAGAGGGAGGAAGCACAUAACACAAACUGUUAAAACGACGAUGACGAUGAUGAUGAUGAUGAUGAUGAUGCACCAACAGCCGGAGGAGAUUUUUAUAGACCCAAGAGUCAGCGCCACGCCGUAACCCAGAUCCACAAACAUGCAAACGACGUUCGCUCUGAGAUGAUCGUCUUCUUCUUCUUCUGCACAGAUGUGGUUUUAUAAGAUCUGAUACGUCCGUCUGUGCUGUGAGGUUCAGUUAUUUACAUGAAUAAUCAGCUGUUUAAAAAUUUAAAACCAUCUUUCCUCUUUCUCUGAGAACGAAAGGAUAAAAAGAAAGAAGAGGAUUAGAAAGAAACACCGCAGAGAUUUUAACCAAAUCAGAGAUCCUCAAAGUCCAGACGAUAAAGACGAGCAGAUUUAAGGUGUUCAUGUAACGACUGCAGCAGGAGGAGGACGGGGGGCCGAAUUAACAGAUUAUCAGGCGAUUUUUACACUGAAUUAAGAAUUCAGGAGAUUCUGAGGAGAUCAUGAUUCUUAAAAACUGUUAAAGAUGCAAAGAGACGCUUUAAAAAACGCUAAACACGUUUCUGGAUCUCUGAGUCUGAGUAAAAAAACUAUCUGCUUCUGUGGAAAAAUAAUAAUUAUUAUUAAUUAUUUCUGUGUAAUAAACUGAACUAAAGACCUGCUGAGUGAAGAGUUCAUCUAAAACCAAAAUACAGUGAAUCAAACAUUCAAUAAGACCGAGAUACAGUGAAGCUGAGACCUAAUUAAAGUUAACCUUAGACCUUUACAGUGAAGCUGAGACCGUCUGUAUCUGAAGUGUGUCAUAGAGAUUUUUAAGACCUGGUUCAGGAGAAUCCGAGACAAACACCAGUUAAUCUGAGCUAAAGUUACAGUAAAUCUGAGACCCGGGACUAGAUAGACGAUCUAAGACUUAACAAGGAAACUGAGACCUGGUCCAAGUGAAUUUAAGCUCGAGUGUAAGAAUUAGAUCUAAGAGAGUCUGCAUUAAAGCUGAGACCCAGUUUAAGUGAAUCUGAGACUCUAUAAACUAGUCACAGUGAAUCUGGGACCUCAGACCUAGAUAAAGUGAAUCUGAGCCCUAGUAAAAGUAUAUUUGUGACUCAUAGUGAAUAUCUGUCGUAUUUUAGUCGGUCUGAGAUGUUUUUUUACAGUGAAUCUUGUUUCUUUUCUCUGAGCAGUCGAUGAUAUAUAUCUAUAACACUUUAAACAGGAGAGGGAGCUCAGUAGACAUCUAUCUUACUGCAGAUCUGUGAUUGUUUUUGGUCUUUAUUGACCCGCUGAGUCUCAGCGUUCCUCUCCUCUGUUGGAUGCUGUGGUGGUCGGCUCUAAUGAAGAACAGCGAAUCCACCGUCUGCUCGUUGAUUAUAUCAUCUCAGUGGUAAACACGCUGACCCACCUACGCUCUACCUUCGCUGUUUGUGACGGCCGGCCCAGGUCCUGGUGGUGGUGACUCAUCACUUCUGAAACACACUUUUCUGUCCGCUCACAGAAAGGUUGAUGGACCGCUCACUCCAGUUUCAUUGAUCCGACUCUUUCUGAAAAAUGAACGACUGUCUGCAGGAAGUGAAAUCCUUAUUUUAAAGUUGGUGUGAAAAAAAAACCCAACACAACAGUGAGCGGUCCGAGCUGAAAUCCCAAGAAACAAGAUGUUCACCCUGUUAGAGUGAAUUUCUUUCUGCCGUACUUUCAUUUCGGUGCAUGUGUUAAUUUAUUAGCCCACCCACACCCAGCCGCCCACAGACACUCAGCAGGGCCAGACCACCUUGGACCGGUUCUGUGUUUAUCCUCCACACAUGCCUGCUGGAGUUCAGACUGCAGAUCGAGCUGCAGAGCUGCCGUCUCUCCAGUAUUCAUGGAUUCAGGACUCUCUCAUUUAUUCUCUGAAGAUGGAUGUAAAUGAGCAGAGUCCUUAUGUAAGUGUCCUGCUGCUCUAUAAUGUAUGGAGAUGAAGCUCUGCUGUACGAGGACGGGCCGAGGGCUUCAGUGAUGAGAGUGAGGAGGACGACUCUGUCCCACCUCUGUGUGUGUCUCUCUGUUUAUACGUCUGUAGAGGAAAUUCACACCGACUUCCAGAAGAAUCUACGAGGAUUCAGGAGAAACACUCGAUUAUUAUCAGUGUUAGUAAAAAAUCAGAGUUCUGUACGUCAAAAAUAUAAUUAUGAUUUUAAUCAAACAACUCUAAACAAAAAAGAUGAGACUUUCUGAGGAGUCAGAAAUAUUAUUUCAGCCUCAGAUUUAUGAUUUACAAAAGAAUUUACAAAAAGAGCAAAAUUCUGGAGCAAAAAGCAAAAAUCUGUAAAUGAAUUCUGAGAUUAAAGUCAAAGUUAAAAUUUAUUUCUGCAAAUUUUUCAUUUAACCUUGGACUUUUAGAAGCUACAAAUCUCAGAAAAAUCUAAUUCUCACAUUUGGUAAAAACUAAAAUGUUAAAAUCCAAAAAUCCAAGAAUCUAGAAAUUUGAAAGAAUUUUAUCUUAAGCCUAAAAUUCUUUAAAAGAAAACAAAAUUUUUAAAAAGGCCAAAAGUUUUUUGGGAAAAAUGUAAAACUCUGAGAUUUAAAUUAGAGGGUUUUUUUAUGUUUGAUGGUUUUUACCUUAAAUUCUGAGGAAAAAAGUCUGAAUUUUCAUCUUUAAAAAUUAUAAGAAACGUCUGAAUUCAAAGAAUAAAAAGUUAAAGAGUCAAAAAUCUGAUUUUAAUCUCAGAAUUUAAACUUUAUUCCAGAAAAAUCUGAGACUAAAAAGUCAAAACAGCGAGAAUAACUGAGAAAAAGUUUAAACUCUUUCAGAUUUUAGACUUUUUUAAUCUUUGAUUUUAACUUUAAUAUCUUAAAUCUAAUUUUGUUUUUAUUUUGGUGUUUUAGUCGAAGAGGAUUGGAGUUCUUAUUCUUCAGGUCUGAUUGUUGUUUUUCAUCUUUUAAUCCUGAUGAUUUAAUCUCUAAUCCAGAGGGAUUAAAAACAGUUUAAAGAGCAGGUUACAGUCGUGUUUUAAACCACAGAAACGUCUCCUAACAUCUCCUUCUCUAAACCCUGUCCUCCUCCUCCUCCUCCUCCUCCUCCUCCUCCUCCUCCUUCGUUCUCCAGGGGAAGGAGCUGUUGUCCCAGAAGAUCCCGCUGUGGCAGCAGGCCGGCGCCGAGCCCAACAAGCUGCCGGACCGAGCCAUGUUCCUGGCCCAGCAGAUGAGCGGCACAGGUGGGACCCUGCCUCCGGGGGUCCACCAUCCGGGCAUGCCCAUCUCUGAGCCCAUCCCUGGAGCCAAACCUCUGCCCGUCCCUCCAGAGCUGGCAGCCCUCAGGGCCAGCGGGGGUCUUGGACAGCAGGUGGGUCCCUUAGAUCAACACUGAGUCCACCUUGGACCCGAGUCCUGUCUGUGUUUACUGCUGCUGGAUUUGGUAACAGGUUUUUAUGGAGGAGGGGCACACUCAUGGAUGAGUUUGUGUUUGUGGAUCUUUAUCCGGCCGUAAACGUCAGCGAGCGUAAAUCUUCUCCAGAGAGCGUCUCUCAGGUUUAGUUUUCAGGACGACCGUGAAGGACGGCGCUCUAAAAUGAGGCCUAGAGUUGGUCCUGAGCUCAAAAUGUAAAUAUAAAUACAACCCUUUCAGUGAACCAAAGUGCUUUACAAGAGAAAAUAGAAAUGAAUCAAUAAAAACAAUCAAAGCAAUAAAAUAAAAGAAUAUAAAAAAAAAGAAAAGAAAAAGAAAAAAAAAAGAAAAAAGAAUAAAAUACAAAGCAAUAAAAUCAAGUGUCUCCACCCUACUGAGUAUUAAAAGCCAGCAUAGAUAAAUAUGUUUUUAAUCGAGAUUUUAAAGACGACCAAAACAUCAGCUGGCGCCCACUUUCCAAAACUGAAGGAGGUCUGAGGGGGCGGGGCACAAGUACCUGAACCCCCACACUCUUAACCAGGAGAGGGUCCCUCCAUAAGGACCUGAUCCUGCAUCAUGGGAGCUCUGAUCACAUCCUCAGAAACCUCUUCAGGAUGAUCAUCACGCCGUUAGCUCACCACGCUAAUUAGCUCGUCGCACAGAAGAGUCUCUCAGGCUCUUCUACUUCCUGCCCCUCCUCCCUCCUCUGAAAAAAACAUCAAGAUUUACAUGAAAGACUCUGAGCUUCAGUUCUAAUCAAGAACCGCCGUGUGCAUGCGGUGGCGUUGGCGGUGGUGAUGGCGGCGUACUCUGUUCCCAGAUGAAACUGAAAGUCUCUGCAGUCGCUCAGUUUGUUUAUCUUCAAACCAACAUACAGAGACUGAAUCAGCACUUCCUGUCCCAGAUCCUCACACACACACACACACACACACACACACACACACACACACACACACACACACAAACAGGACGAGGGUGUGUGUUUUAAUUGUUAAUCUGAUGUCCUCACAGAGGCUGAUGGGGGCGCUGGAUGGAGCGAUGCCCCUGAUGAACGGCACCACCGGUCUUCACGGAGGCGAGGACUACCAGCAGUGGAUGGAGGCGAAGGUGGCGCAGGGCAAAGUCUCGUCUCAGACGCACAGAGGGGCGGAGGUCUUCUCCAACACGCUGCCUGUCCGCAAGGUGGCGCCCGCCAAGAGCAAGGCGGCGCUGAGUAAGGACACACACACACACACACACACACACACACACACACACACACACACACACACACACAGAUGUUUACUGUCUGCAGGAAGACGAACAACCUUCAGUUGUGUUGUUUUUGUUAAAAACCAACAUUUCACAGAUUAUUUCAGACAAUAAUCGUCCUCAACAAUCAACAGAGAAAAGAGGAACAUGUGAUCAAAAUAAUAUUAUUAAUUUAUUAAUCUAAUUAUAUAAGAGGUAGAGCAGACCUGGUUCAUGAGAAUAUGAAGUUUUAUUGAAUUAAAGAGGGAAAAUUCAUCAAAACUGUAAAGAGAUCUGAGAGAAUAAUCUCAGUUUAAUCCUGAAGGAGAGAGAGAGAGAGAGAGAGAGACAGAGAGAGAGAGAGGGAGAGAGAUAGAGAGAGAGAGAAUGAGAGAGAGAGGGAGAGAGGAGAGAGAGAGAGAGAGAGAGAGGGAGAGACAAAGAGAGAGAGAGAGGGAGAGAGCGUCUGGAGCUCAACACGCCUUAAAAUGAGAUUUCUCAUGUUGUUGAGAGUAUUAUUGUAGUAUUAUUGAAGUAUUAUUGUAGUAUUAUUGAAGUAUUAUUGCAGUAUUAUUGAAGUUUUAUUGUAGUAUUAUUGAAGUAUUAUUGUAGUAUUAUUGAAGUAUUAUUGUAGUAUUAUUGAAGUAUUAUUGUAGUAUUAUUGUAGUAUUAUUGAAGUAUUAUUGUAGUAUUAUUGAAGUAUUAUUGUAGUAUUAUUGUAGUAUUAUUGAAGUAUUAUUGUAGUAUUAUUGAAGUAUUAUUGUAGUAUUAUUGAAGUAUUAUUGUAGUAUUAUUGUAGUAUUAUUGCAGUAUUAUUGAAGUAUUAUUGUAGUAUUAUUGAAGUAUUAUUGUAGUAUUAUUGUAGUAUUAUUGAAGUAUUAUUGUAGUAUUAUUGUAGUAUUAUUGUAGUAUUAUUGAAGUAUUAUUGUAGUAUUAUUGAAGUAUUAUUGUAGUAUUAUUGAAGUAUUAUUGUAGUAUUAUUGUAGUAUUAUUGCAGUAUUAUUGAAGUAUUAUUGUAGUAUUAUUGAAGUAUUAUUGUAGUAUUAUUGUAGAAUUAUUGCAGUAUUAUUGAAGUAUUAUUGUAGUAUUAUUGAAGUAUUAUUGUAGUAUUAUUGUAGUAUUAUUGAAGUAUUAUUGUAGUAUUAUUGAAGUGUUAUUGAAGUGUUAUUGUAGUAUUAUUGAAGUAUUAUUGUAGUAUUAUUGAAGUAUUAUUGUAGUAUUAUUGAAGUGUUAUUGAAGUAUUAUUGCAGUAUUAUUGUAGUAUUAUUGUAGUAUUAUUGAAGUAUUAUUGUAGUAUUAUUGUAGUAUUAUUGAAGUAUUAUUGUAGUAUUAUUGAAGUGUUAUUGAAGUGUUAUUGUAGUAUUAUUGAAGUUUUAUUGAAGUAUUAUUGUAGUAUUAUUGUAGUAUUAUUGAAGUAUUAUUGUAGUAUUAUUGAAGUAUUAUUGAAGUGUUAUUGAAGUAUUAUUGUAGUAUUAUUGAAGUAUUAUUGUAGUAUUAUUGAAGUAUUAUUGAAGUAUUAUUGAAGUAUUAUUGUAGUAUUAUUGUAGUAUUAUUGAAGUAUUAUUGUAGUAUUAUUGAAGUAUUAUUGAAGUGUUAUUGAAGUAUUAUUGAAGUAUUAUUGAAGUAUUAUUGUAGUGUUAUUGAAGUGUUAUUGAAGUGUUAUUGUAGUAUUAUUGAAGUUUUAUUGAAGUAUUAUUGUAGUAUUAUUGUAGUAUUAUUGUAGUAUUAUUGAAGUAUUAUUGUAGUAUUAUUGAAGUAUUAUUGAAGUGUUAUUGAAGUAUUAUUGUAGUAUUAUUGAAGUAUUAUUGUAGUAUUAUUGAAGUAUUAUUGAAGUAUUAUUGUAGUAUUAUUGUAGUAUUAUUGAAGUAUUAUUGUAGUAUUAUUGAAGUAUUAUUGAAGUGUUAUUGAAGUAUUAUUGAAGUAUUAUUGAAGUAUUAUUGUAGUAUUAUUGAAGUAUUAUUGUAGUAUUAUUGAAGUGUUAUUGAAGUGUUAUUGUAGUAUUAUUGUAGUAUUAUUGAAGUAUUAUUGAAGUAUUAUUGAAGUAUUAUUGUAGUAUUAUUGAAGUGUUAUUGAAGUAUUAUUGUAGAUCAAACCCACAGAGGAGUGAAUGAAACGUCUCUGAGCGUCAGAGUCGACCUGCAGAUCUAAUAAAGACCUGAACAGGAGCGAAGAGACAGAGAGCUGAUAUUAAAAACAGAGAUAUUAGAGGAGGAGUGAGUCAUGACUGCAGAGUUCAUCUUUAACAAACUGAAGACAAACAGAAGAUCAGUGUUUGACGGUGAGGAAGAGCUGACCCUCCUCCUCCUCUUCCUCCUCUCUCCUCUGACAGUGGAGACCCGGACGCUGCCCCGCUCCAGCUCCAUGGCAGCAGGACUGGAGAGAAACGGGAGGACCCGGGUCCAGGCCAUCUUCUCACACGCAGCCGGCGACAACAGCACCCUGCUCAGCUUCGGCGAAGGCGACAUCAUCACUCUGCUGGUCCCCGAGGCCCGGGACGGCUGGCACUACGGCGAGAACGAGAAGAACAGGAUGUGAGUGUCAAACUUUAUCAAACUCGCAGAGAAAGUUUCAGUUUGUGUGUUUUUUUCACGGCGGCGUCUCCUCGACUCCAACAGGCGCGGCUGGUUCCCGUUCUCCUACACCAGAGUGAUCCCCGAGAACGACGCCAACGCCAUGAGGCAACUCCGAGUAAACAAGUAAGUUUUACAGGAUUUACAGGGACCCUGAACGCACCGUCAGAGAGAGAGAGAGAGAGAGAGAGGGAGAGGGAGGGAGAGAGAGAGAGAGAGAGAGAGAGGGAGAGAGAGGGAGAGAGAGAGAGAGAGAGGGAGAGAGAGAGAGAGAGAGAGAGAGGGAGAGAGAGGGAGAGGGAGGGAGAGGGAGAGAGAGAGGAGAGAGAGAGAGAGAGGGGGAGAGGGGGAGAGAGAGAGAGAGAGAGAGAGAGGGAGAGAGAGGGAGAGGGAGGUCUCCUUUAAUAAACGAGAUGAUCAUUUCUCCUUUUUUUACACUUUAUAUAAACGAACCUCUUCUUCUGUCAUUAACUCGUUAAUAAAGUCAAAUAAAUUCAGCUGUAAGUUUUCAAAACGAUCAUUAAAACUGUAAAUAAUUAAAAAACUUUUACUUCACUGUCUAUAAAGCAUUUUAAUUAGGAAACAUCAGGUUUGAUUAAAACUUCAUGUUUCUGACACUUUAGUAAAAAACUACAGACAGUGUUUGAUGAAUUCUGGGUUUUAUAAUAUUUUAUAACUGUCUUCAGUUUUGACAGAUUAUUAAACUCUGUUUAAUGUUUUAUAAGAAAUGAUAAUUUUUCUGAUUCUCAAAGGAGAGAAAAUCUUUUUAAAACUGACUUCAUGACUUUAAUUAAAGAGAAAAUUUCACCUGAACGUGAAUUUAAUUUAUUUUUAUUUUGGGACAAUUUUUACACAUUUUUAAGAACCAUGUGAGACACACAGAUGUUUAGAUAUAAUAUACAUGAGGAAACAAAAUCAACAUUUAUCAGAAGUUAACUGACUGUAACCUGAUAAACGUCACGAUCAGCUGUUAUGAAUGUUUAUUAUCACUGAUAAGGAUCUUUUAUUCACUGUAAGUUCAGAGUUCAUGUAAAGUUCGUCUCAGUGGUUUUAAUAAACAUUUUUCUGACUUCAUUUUGUCUCUGAAGCUCUGAGCUGAAGUGAACUUCUGUGUUUAAACACCUCAAACUGAAAUAUUAAAUAUUAAAUAUUAACUCGAUAGAUUAGCAGGUAUCUGAGAAACGGCGUUGAGUUCCUCCCGCAGGUUCGACCUCAAACAUGGACUCACUCUCUGAGGAGAACACGUUGAUGGUUUUCUUGAUUUUCUGUGUCUCUGUUUUUUGUUUUUCAGUCUCCAACACGGGAAGAGCAGCAGCACAGGAAAUCUUCUAGAGAGAGAAGACAUGGCCAUGUCCGCCCCCGACUAUGGCGUCCACUCCCGUAUGGCGGCACAGAGCGCUGCUGCGCUGCACGGCAGACAACAACGCCCCUACAGUGUGGCGGUGCCAGGCUUCUCACAGGUGCGAGGGGAGCGCACACACACACACACGCACACACACACACACACACACAGAAGCGAUAUUUUUUUUGUAGGAUGGAUCUGCGCUCGUCUGUCUGAGACAGUUUGGAGGGAGCUACUCCAGGCGAGCUGCUGACCUGCGAUAGAGAGCGGGAACAGCUUUAUUUUGACAGGCUGUCUCUUCCUCUACCUGCCCCCCCCCCAGAGACACCAGCUUAUGUAAACGCAGAAACACGUUCCCCUCCGCUUCACUCGGCGUCCUGUUUACGGAGAGACGGGACAAAGACUCAAACCCCAGAGUCUCCCUCUGCGGUCUGACGCUCUGAGUUCAUCUGACAGCCGAGUUCAGAAGAGAGCGAGCGAGCGAGAGAGGGGGGGGUUAAUAUUUCAGAAGUUGGAAGUAGACUUAUGCAACAGUAGAGCGGCUCCCCUCCUACGCCUCACCUGGAUCACUCCAUGUGGGCGGUGCCUAAUUGCUCAGCGGUCAUGUAACGACUUAAACUGUUCUCUCCACCUCACCGCGUUCAGGGACCGCCAUGUUUCCCGCUGAUGUUUAUGGAGAACCGGGUUAUGUCAUCAGGGCUGAGUGCGUUUGGGAGUUUUCAGAUACAACAGUCAGGUGGUGAGACCCGAUGGUUAAAGAAAAAGGAGGUCAGAGGAGACGAAAAAGGAGUUAAAUCAGAGUUAGGAGGGGGAAGUUCUUCAGACAGACACACACAGUGGACACAGAUUAAAGUUUAAUCUUCAGGUUUAUUUUUAUUAAAUCAAAACUUUUUUAUUAAGACAUUUCUUUAUCUCUCAUCUCACGGAUUAUUUGUAUAAAUUAAUGUUAAUAUAAUAGAUCAGGUGAUUAAAAUAAUAUUAAAAUCAUUGAGAUGUAAAUGUGACUCAUAUAAACCUGUUUAUUCUCACUGCACAGAAAUGUCGUCUAAUUCAUCAGUUUUGAUUCUUACUUCUGCUGCUUUUCUGUGAUGUAACAUUUCUCUGCUGCCACCUGCUGGCUGCUGCGGUCGUUGCACCUUUCCAAACUUUUUUCUUUUGCUUUAUUGAAAAGGUCAUAAAUAAAUAAAGAGAGGAAGUGUUAUCUGAGCAAACUUCUGAAUUAUUUCAUUUUUUCAUUGUUCACAGCAAGGAGUGGAAGAAUAUGAGCCUCGCUUUCCCACAAGGUAAGAAAAAAACACCUUUACUUUAUCUUUAAACCGGGUCUAAUUUAGGCUCCACUCAGGGUCGUUUGUGGGCGGAGUCAGUGCAGGUCUGUGUCUUCAGGUGUGGGGGGUGAAGCCGGAGGGUUUGAGGGUCGGUGGUUCCUCUUCCUGAAGUCCAAACUUGCAAACACACACACACACACACAGCAUUAGUCAUUUUUGUGUUACUUCUUUUAUUCUCUUUUCUUUUACUUGUUUUUUUGUUUCACGGUUGUUGUUGUCGUCUAAUAACCAAAAACCCUCUGAACUUGGUUUUAAAGCAGGUUUUCAGUUCAUUUCUGUUUCUGUUUAAAGUGGAUUUAAGUUUGUUUUCUGUUCUUUGUGUCGGUAAAAUCAGCGCUUUGACUCUCCAGCUCUUUCUCAUAACCCUCAUGCACCUCCACCUGCUAACUGCACUCAUCCACCCGACCCCUGAUCACCUGCUUCAGACCCUCUCAUUCACUUUUAACCCGACUGAUAAACCGUCUGAUCCGAACAGACGAUGUUGUUGUUGUUUUUAAAGUGAUCAACAGAUACAGAAAGUUUGGGAGUCGCUCCAUCAGAUUGUUUCCGACAGCAGAAUUAAUUAAUGUUAAUUAAUGUUAAUUAAAGUUAAUUAAUGUUAAUUAAUGUUAAUUACUGUUGUUCUUCAAACACUGUUAUAGUAAUUAAAGGAGGUUAUUUAUGCUGGUUACCAGAGUGAAGACAAGAAGCUGUUUACGUCAUUUCAAAAUAAAAGUACAUUUUAUUACAAAUGAAAUCCAGUAACACAAAUACAGGACAAAUAAAAUCAUCACAAACACGAUUUAUGACGGAGAGACAUUUCGACCUUUACCCUCAAUUUCCAACGCAUCUGAAACGGCUACGAAGAAAAUCGCCGCCGUUACAGAUGCGGUGGAAAUUAGUCUGAAAAGUUUGACGAUAAAGUGACUUUUAUUUUUUUAUCUGAAGUCUGUGUUACAGGAUGAAACUUUAAUUUGAACUUUGUCAGAAAUAGAUGAUUAAAUACAUUUAUUAGUGAAGUCAAUUACAUUUUUAAUAUAGGUGUUAAUGGGGAUUUCAUAGUUUUUGGAACCAGCCUCUAGUGGACACUUGAGGAACUGCAGUUUCCUGUACUUCAAUAAAAAAAUAAUCCUCUGCUGUGAACGUUGAAGGAAAUACUUCUCCUGUCUGUGUGACCGUGGAGCAACAACUGAACCUUCUUUACCUGUUGAUCAUUCAGAAAAGGUCUAAAGGGUCCUCAGAAGUCUGAUAGGGGGGUUAGUGUCUCAGACCUGGUCUCUGGUGUCUGGGUUUGUUUCUCAGACCCGGUCUCUGGUCUCUGGGUUACUCUUAGACCCGGUCUCUGGUUUGGGGUUAGUGUCUCAGACCCGGUCUCUGGUUUGGGGUUAGCGUCUCAGACCUGGUCUUUGGUGUCUGGGUUAGUUUCUCAGACCCGGUCUCAGGUCUCUGGGUUAGUUUCUCAGACCUGGUCUCUGGUCUCUGGGUCAGUCUCAGACCCGGUCUCAGGUCUUGUGUGGUCUCUGAUGUCCCUCCUGAAGCAGCCCUCCUGGACGCCUCUCCUUCUCUCUGUCCACAGUUCCACAGAGGGAAAGUUGAUUUCCACAGUGUGA